AUGUUAUGGCGCGCCGCGAUAUGCGUGCGGGUAUUGGCGUUGUUCGCGGUCGUCGUCAAACCGUCGUCGGCGGCGCACGCCGGCGGCGGCGACUCGGUAGACAGCAACGCUCGGGUGCAACUGGAAGUGUUGGAGGGCCAGCCGAAGGGUACGGCCGUCGGCCGGAUACCGAUCAGGCCCGGUUUCGUUUACCGGUUCAACGAACCGUCCGACGAGUUCGUGUUGAACGCGACCACGGGCGAGAUAUCCACGGCGCAAAUCCUCGACCGCGAGGCGCUUCCCAAUAACGACCGAUACGAUCUGAUCGUUCUGUCCAGUCAGCCCACGUAUCCGAUCGAAGUGCGCAUACUCGUGGUGGACGUCAACGACAACGCGCCGGAAUUCCCGGAACCGGUCAUUUCGGUAUCGUUCCCGGAGAGUGCGGCGCCCGACAACAAGGUGCUGUUGGACACGGCCACGGACAAAGACGCGGGCGUGAACGGCGUGUCGUCCGAUUACAGGAUAGUGGCCGGCAACGUGGACGAGAAAUUCCGAUUGGAAGUGACGUCGAAUCCGGGCGGUGACCUCACGUAUUUGUAUUUGCAAACCACCGGCAAACUCGAUCGGGAAACCGUGCCGUUCUACCAACUGAACGUGUCCGUCCGCGACGGUGGCGUACCCACCAGGUACGGCUAUCAAACGGUCAACGUGACCAUAUUGGACGUCAACGACAAUCCGCCCGUGUUCGCGCACACGGACUACAGCGCGUGGCUGAACGAGAGUGCGCCGUCGGGGACGUUCGCGCUACAAGUCACGGCUACGGACGCGGAUCUGGGCGAGAACGGUCGGAUUACGUAUUAUUUGCCGGAAACCGCCGACAACAGAUUUCGCGUGGAUCCCGAAACCGGGGCCAUUUACACGACCGAGAUUCCCGACUGUCCGCAACAGAACUGUCCGCCGCACACCCAACAGCAACCGAGGGCCGCGUGUCCGAAAAGCUGCGUUUUCACCGUGCACGCCCAAGACCACGGGUCUCCCAGACAGGACGGCCGGGCGUACGUUACCAUUAGUCUGAUCGACGCCAACGACCACGACCCGGUCGUAAGAUUCCGGUAUUUUCCGUCUAACGCGGCGUACGCAACGGUCGACGAGAACGCCAUCAACGGUUCCGUGGUGGCCGCCGUGUCCGUGAUGGACCCGGACGAGGGGCUCAACGGCGAGACGACCGUGGAAAUCGUGUCCGGCAACGAAAUGAACCAUUUCCGAUUGGAAUCCUCGCAAAGUUUUUACAUCGUUCGGGUGCACGGCGUUUUGGACCGGGAGCAGAUCAACAAGUACAAUCUGACCGUGUUGGCCAGCGACAAAGGGACCCCCGCCAGGACCGCCGUGGCACACCUUCUGAUUUACGUCAACGACAUUAACGACCACGAACCGGUAUUCGAGAAGAGCGAAUACUCGGCCACGUUGAGCGAACUGUCGCCGGCGGGCACGUACGUGGCCAGCAUAACGGCCACCGACGAGGACACCGGCAUCAACGCGCAGAUUUACUACUCGAUCGUGUCGGGCAACGCGUUCGGAUGGUUCGACAUAGAUCCGGACACCGGUCUGGUCACGCUCAAAGGGCGGCUGGAUCGCGAACAAAUGGGCUCUGCCGAAAUAAAGAUUUCCGCCCGGGACGGCGGCCCCAACCCCAAAUGGACGUACACCCAGUUAAAAGUCAUAGUUUUGGACGAGAACGACGAACGUCCGGAGUUUACGCAAGAGUUGAUCGUUGUCAAAAUGCUGGAAAACGUACCGGAAAACACUUUGGUGGCCAUGCUGACCGCUUCAGACCACGACCAAGGUACGAACGGCAGUGUUUCGUACAGUUUACACCCGGAGGUCCAGUACAAGUACAAGGGUGCGUUCGCGCUCGAUUCGCUAACCGGACAGUUGACCGUGAAAACCCAAAUCGACAGGGAGAAAGUAACGGAGUACAAGAUCAAGGUAUUGGCCAAAGAUCAAGGAUCGCCGCCGAAAUCGUCUACGGCCACCGUCAUCCUCGACGUGCUGGACGUUAACGACAACGAUCCGGUGUUCUAUCCACAGCAGUACGUUGCGUUUGUCGGCGACAGUCAUCCGACGGGCGCCAGUCUUCUUUCGGUCUCGGCGUAUGACAUCGACGAAGGAGAAAACGCGGUUAUCGAAUACCGUUUAGCGAGCGGCGGCGAUUCCGGUCUGUUUUACAUAGACGCUCGCGACGGGUCGAUCUAUUUGAAGGGCAGCGGCGAUCUUCCCAAGUCCAUAUACCGUCUGAACGUAACCGCCGUAGAUAGAGACGACCGGCGAGCCGCCGAAGACGCGACCGUAGAAAUAAUAAAAAAUCCCGACGAAACGCUCAAAUUCGAUACGGCCGAAGGGUAUUCGUUCCAAAUUUACGAGGACCACAGCGGCCAAGAGGGCCCGGUCUCCAAUCGACAAGUGGGACGGGUUCGAGUCAAGGAAACGAAAUCGGACGUGUCGUAUUUCAUUUUAAACGGCGAUAACGGAAACUUCCGGGUGGACCGGAACGGGGUGUUGACGACGUGGAAGAAAAUCGACCGGGAAAAUCAAUCGUUUUACAGUAUACGCGUUGGUGCGAGGGCGGGCCUAAAGUUCGGUACUACGCUGGUGAACGUGACCAUCUUGGAUGUAAACGACAACGAACCGGCGUUUGUCACCGUCAUCGACGAAGUGGACCUUUACGAAGACACGGCCGUCGGUCAAGAGCUGUGCGUGGCCAGGGCCAAGGACAACGAUGUCGGGUUGAACGGCCGCGUGACUUACCGGUUGGUAUCCAAAUCGGACAGUCUGUUCCGUAUCACCGAAUCGUCCGGAAUCGUUUACCUACACAAGCCAGUGUACACGGCCCCGGGCACCGUACUGGCCGUCGAAAUCGUAGCCACCGACUCGGGAACACCUCCGCUCAGCGCCAAACACGUUGUGCUGUUCACCGUCCAAGACGUAAAUAACCACACACCGGUGUUCGAUCAGACUUCUUACGAAUCGUCACUGUCCGAAGCCACCGCCGUCAACAGCAGGUUCUUCGGAUUGACCGCUACGGACGGCGAUUACGGACCCAACGCCCGGCUGACGUACGCGAUCGAAGAAGGCGACGCGGAGGGAAAUUUCGGAAUUUUCCCGGACGGGAUGUUGUACAUCAAACACCGUCUGGACCGGGAAAGCAGGGACUAUUACGCACUUUCCGUGGUGGUUCGGGACGCGGGUUCACCGGCUCGCAGUUCGUCCGUGGUGGCCAUCGUACACGUGACCGACGAAAACGACAACAAACCGGAAUUCGCGAAUGUCACGUUCGAUUUUCACAUUAACGAAAACGAACCGUCCGGUACGUUCGUCGGGAAAUUAUUGGCGACCGACCGGGACACGGGCCGUAACGCCGAAUUGACGUACUCGUUGAUCAAUUGCAAAACGGACUUUUGGAUCGAUCCGAAAAACGGGUUCAUCAGGACUCAGCGGGAGUUCGACAGGGAACAGUUGAUCCGGGCUACGGGGCAGAACGUUAUCACGUUGGAGGUGACCGUUUCGGAUAACGGCAAGCAUCCGCUCUACGACAAGACCAAAGUGAACGUCUACGUCAACGACGUGAACGACAACCGACCGCGGUUUUUCCGACAACCGUAUCGCGUGCAGGUGUCCGAAGGGUCGCCCGUCGGUACGCACGUAUUGCGUGUGUACACGACCGACGAGGACGAGGGACAAAACGGCGCCGUGCAUUACACCAUGGAGGACGGGGACGACGAGAAAUUUAGAAUCGACAACGGGACCGGCAUGAUAACGAUCAACGCGCUAUUGGACCGGGAGACGCGAGCGUCUUACUCGUUGCGCGUCACCGCCCACGACAACGGCACGCCGGUGCGACUCAACGCGUCGGCCACGGUCACCGUGGAGGUUUUGGACGACAACGACAACCCGCCCAAAUUCGAGUCGCCCCCGUUCGGCGUGUCGAUUUACGAAAACGCCACGGUCAACGCGGAGCUGGUCCGAUUCCGUGCGACGGACCCGGACCUGGGCGCGAACAGCGAAGUACGGUAUUCCAUUGUUUCCGGCAACCGGCGCGAUACGUUUCACAUAGACGCCGUGACCGGCGUGCUGUAUCUACACAAGCGGCUCGAUUACGAAGACAUUAGCGCGUACGUACUGAACAUUUCCGCGUACGACAACGGAAACCCCCGGCUGUCCUCCGCGCUGGCGUUUCACGCGACCGUUUUGGACUGCAACGAUAACCCGCCGCAGUUCCCGAGCACGGCCAUAGUGCGACAAAUCGUCGAGAACCUCGAGCCGGGCACGUCCAUCGUGCACGUGGUCGCGGACGACCCGGACUCGGAACUGAACGGCCUGGUGUACUAUUCCAUUUCGCAACAACAACCGGACAACGACAGACGGAGUUUCCAGAUAAACGAGAAAACCGGCGUGAUCAGUACCGUGCUGCCGAUCGAUAGGGAAUACGCGGACACGUACAGACUGACCGUCACGGCGAUCGACCAGGCGGUGCCGCCGGAAACCCGGCUAUCGGCCGAGAAGACCGUGACCAUCAUAGUGGACGACGAAAACGACAACGCUCCGGUGUUCGUGUCUAUGGACACCGGACUCAUAAAGAGCAGACACGUGGGCGCGCAUAUCAUGUACGCUCUGGCCAGAGACCUGGACACCAGCACCAACGGGCUGGUCACCUACGAGAUGGUGGGCGGCGACUCCGAGUUGUUUUCCAUACACCGGACGACAGGGGCGAUUAGCUUGCGCCGCGAGCUGACCCGACCCGAGAGGUCGUACAAGCUGACGGUGCGGGCCACGGACGAAGCGGUGCAAUCGGAACGCAAGUCGACCGACGCCUACAUCACUCUGUUGACGGACAUGGAUGGCGGCGUCGACAAGCUGGCCGAUUUGAAGGACUUCGAAGGGUCCGUGUACGAAAACGAGCCGCUGGGCACGAGCGUGCUGAGGAUGGAUCCGUUGCCCGGUCAAAUUGAAUAUUACGUGGUGAACGUGACCGGGUCCAACGGGCAGCAGGCGGAUCGGAUGUUUUCCGUAGACGUUAAACUGGGCGUGCUUUACACGGCCGCGAUGCUGGACAGGGAGGGUGGCGCCGACCGGUACGUUGUGCACGUUUAUGCUACUAACGUUGGAUCGCAGACACCGAAAACCGGUCACAUUCAGGUAUUUUUUUUUUUUUUUUUUUAUAUUCUACAACUUCUCCUUCUCCUCCGCUCCUUUGCUCUUCUAUAUACGCUCCGCGUCUCGGCGUCGUCCGAAACUUUAUCAUUAUUGUUAUUAUUGUUCGCUUACUAUAUGAUUUAUUCGAUUCGCUAGGCUGCAAUUAGCUAGGCAUUCCGGGUUUCGGUAGACCGCGGCGAGUUCAAAGUGGAUCAGUAGUAGUUGACGAGUUAUACCUAUUCCGUUGUCGUGUGUGUGUGUGUGUGUGUGUGUAAUAUACCCGUAUGGGUGACGGGCACACGGGGGGGGGAGGUUCGCUGCCGAAGUCGUGAAAUUUGGUUAGAACAAUGGAAUGCACGUAACACGCGAACCCGUCUGCUGUGUGCCGAGCGAGCAGGUACCGAGAGUUUGGUGGUGGGAUGAGUCGAGUUGGGACAUAAUUGUUUUUUAUGUCAUAUCUCAUUACGCGAGUUUCGUUACGUCUCUACGUGCGAGCGGCGACUUUGGGUGCGCGUUGGUUUCGUUUUUUUUUUUUCAGCCAUUCCGUAUCAUAUAGAAAUACCGACUUCGGGUUGCGAACAUAUUUUUAACUCUUGUAUAAUCUAGACGAUUGCGUUUUCAUCAACUCUGCGGUGCAUUUCGCGUUUCGUAUUGUUAUCAUGUACGGAUAGGUUUUACGGUAAUUGAUCGGUAUUAGAAACGGACAUGAAAUGACGAGAAAAAAAAAAUUCAAUAAAUUAUUAUCGUAUUACAGACGAAACGUGUAUAAUUAUACUCGGUAUCGCUGCAUUCUGUGUGGAGCGAGGCGAUCUGUCGGUUUUACUGUGACGUGUAAUAUUUAUUUUUCGUCUGUAAACUACUUUUCUCCUAGAAAUUUCGCUCCAAUCAAAACAAGACACAAGAGACCUAUUUUCGUUGCAUUUUGGCUCUGGUCGAGCAAGGUAAUUUUUUUUUGAAAAUUCUCAUGAAUAUUCGAGAUAAUAUGGGGGAAAACAGGUUCUUUAGGUUAAAAAAUUGAAAAUAAGGUUGUCAUUGGAGGCGACCGUUUUUAUUUAUAAUAUUUUGUUAUUGUGUUAAGUUUUUACUAUACUUUAAUACUAUUUUUUUUUAAACAAUCGCUGUUGUCGCGAAAACGUAAAUUGUUGAAAAAGCGACACUAUCGACCGAUAGCUCGCGAAGUAUAAUAUGUCCGUUUUACAAAUAUCGCAUAUAUUAUUUUUCGCGCAGAAAAUAUCGUCUCCGUAUUUUUUUUUUUUUUUUUAUCACUUUUUUUUACGCCGUCGUCGUCGUAGUUGACGUCGUCACGCGCGAACACGCGCCGGUGUUUGUACGUCGACGGUUUCCCCCGGGGGCCGAAAAUCGACCCGUCAUAAUAAACGCCGCCGUCGUCAAUGUCAUUAUAUCAUCGCGCGUAUUAAUUAUCGGUGCCGUACCAUAUUACGUAUAUUUAUAGUCUAACGCAAACAAUAAAACACGAUAUUGUGAUAAUAUUUACUUGUAUAUAUGUACCGAGCUAGUUAUAUUACUACUGUGCUGCAAUAACAGGGAUUCCGAUAUUAUAUAUGUGUAUACAACUCGGUGUACAACAAGACGGUACACUCCGUGACCCUUGUUUUUAACCGCGGCACUUAAUUUAAUAUUGUUUAUCUAUUUAGAAAGCGAGCGGGUACUUAUUAUUUUUCCGUACGUAUAAAUUAUUAUUAUCUCGUGCGCCUCCCGUCUGUAUAACUCUUUUGUAUGCGUUGCCGCCGCGGCGCGGGACCGACGGCGCGUUUCGGAGAUUAAUCGGCCCGGAGACUUUAACGCCGCGAUAUUUAGCGUAAAUGUUGCCGUGUAAUAGAGCGCCAAGUGUCGUGACUUUUUUUUUUUUAGUAUAUAUUUCUUUUUGUUAUUAAGUUACUUAAUUAACAUCACGGAUACAAUUUUGUUUGUAUUUCGAAGAAUUUUAUAUCCGUCCGUUCUGUUUACAAAGAAAAAAAAUAAUAUCUUCUGUUUACAAUAACGUCUUGACGUAUCAUUUAUAUUUCUAAUUUAAUUUUUGGUGUGAACCGACGACGAUAUUAUUACCUAUUUUAAGUAAUAGUAUUUUUUUUGGUAUUUCAUGUGUAAAAAAAAAAACACCGUAAUAAAAACAAUAAAUAUUAUUAUAUUAGGUUCUUUUAAAAAAAAAAUCGUAAACUUUGAUGAGCAUACAAAUGACAGAGGGGGGGGGGGGGAUUGGAAGUUGAAACCCCCAGAAAGUACAUACUAUAUUUAAACUAGGUAUAAUGUCGUGAUUUUUCAAAAUUUCAUUCCUUUGGCUUCAUAAGGGGGGUGUCAAAGUUAAAAAACAACGCCUACAUCCCGCGAAAUAUCACGGUGAAAUUCGUAAUAUUAAAAUUCAACCAGAUUUCUUUUGCUAGUUUAGAUCCACAUUUAUCUACACAUGUAUACAAUCCAAAUACCACUGACUCACUGAUCGCUGUUUUUCAAAAACUAAUCAACGUACGCGUUUGAAAUUUGAAAUAGUGGUUCCUCUAGUAUUUUCACCGUGCAAUAAGAAAUGAUUUUUGAAAAUUCAACCUCUAAAAGGGUAAAUAGGGGUUUUUAGGUACAUUCGGUACGAGUAUAUAAUUUUUUGUUUAUUUAUUUUUCUUUAUUCAAAGGUUACCUAGGUGUUACCGAAAAGAAAACUAUUAAAAUUUCACAAUAGAACACAUUUAGUCCGCCGAAGGUUUCACUUUCCACCUAUUUGUUUUCAUUAAAUUCUGACUCGACCAAAACCAACAAUUAAUAUGGGUAAAAUAAUAACAAUAAAAAUUGGCACGGGUAACGCCGGGCUCGGGACAGCUAGUACAUUUAUAAAUUAAACUCUAAUUCUCUAGUUUGAGCUCAUUUCGCGAAGAAGGAAUCGCUAAAAGUGUCUAAAAUGUACAUACCUAUUUAAAACCAAUUGUUUAAAUUAUAGUUUGAUUAUAUUAAUAUGGUAGUAUAAUCGAAAUUAUAAUGUAAUAUUUUGAAAAUAUGAUUAUUUUAUUGUUUGAUUAUUAACAAGGCUCGAGAACUUUGAACACUUAAAAUGCAUAAAAACGUUGUAAAGCCGUGAAAAAAGCAUUUAAAACACAGUAGAAUUCUUACCCGUUUUGUACAAUUUUUGUACGCUACUAAAUACGAUUAACACAGUAAUCUCUUGUAGAAUACUUACAAUUUUAAUAAUAUAUUUUGAGGGGAUGGUUUUGUCAGGCCACAAUUUUGGAUGAUGUUUUUCCGGUUAUGAGAAAGCAAUGGUUUGUUUCCUUUUUAAAUUUGUUGGGGGGUGUGGCAGACACUCGUCCCGCUACAACAUUAAUUCCGGGUAUCGCUCCCUUUAAACAAAUACUGGUAAUGAUAACACUUUUACUCAAAUACUAUACAAGCUGCUUUUGUAGUAUUUGUAUUAUAUUUGUAAUGUGUUCUAUUGACAUAAUAGUGUUGUGAUAAGCGCAUUAAAUUUCAAAUCGAUGCCCAAUGACAUUAAAUAAACAUUAAUGCGAUAUUGUUUGAUCAGGAUAUAAUGAACACCAAUCAAUUAAAGUAAAAUGUCAUUAUUAAAAAAACAACUAUUUAUUAACGAUAAACGUUACAAUUGUAAUUCUGUAUGCUGUCUGGGUAAUUUUUAUUUUCGGGGAUAAUUCGACAAAAGCUUACCGGGGUGCCGAUAAAAUCUAGAGGCGUAUUUAGGAUUUUUUUGCGAGGGAAGAUAUGUUAAUUGAGUUUUUUACAUGAGUACAUUAUGUAUUAUAUUAUAUGCAAUAAUAAAUAAUGGUGGUGGAAUUGCUACUGGUUCGAAUAAAAUAAAUCCUGGGUUUACACGUGAAACUAUAAUAGCAUGGUCUGUCCAAGUAGAAAGCAAGUAUGUAUUCACACAUUGAAUAAUGAAUAUCAUAAACGUUAAACUGUUCGUCUGUUCAAGUGUGAUUACAUUUUGAAUACACAAGUUUCCAGGGCCGUCAAUUAGUUGACAUUAAAUUCGUACCGAUAUUAAUUUCAAAUUCUGAUAGUCGGUAGUUUUUUUUUUUUUUAAUGCUAUGUUUCUUAUCACACCGGGAGUACUGAGAUAGUAUCCCGUCGAACGAAUGCAUACGUAGGUAUACGUAAUUUUCUUAUGUUGGUAUUUUUUCCGGCCCCUCUGGGUCGAUCGUCCGCAAAGACGCGAAUUCGCCCGAAUGAUUAAAUACGCAAAACUGACAGCCCGGCUAACGAUACACGCGCGCGCGCGCCCGCUCGUACACACACACACACACACACGCGCGUAUAAUACCUAUGUGUUUUAGCACAAACUGACGUUGGUACUCGCGAUACCAUUGUGCGUAUACGCGCACCUACGUAUGUGUAUAUAGGUAUUAUAAUAUUCACAAAAAAAAAAUAAAAAAUAAAAAAUAUUUCUAAAACCGGACUGUACCGCCGGCAUACCUAGAGACGUGACGUAUAAAAUAGUUUCGAAUACCUUCGUGUACCUAUAAUAAUACUCGCGUAUAAUGCGCGCGUACAGUCUACGCGUAUAAUACGUGUACAAUAUAGCGGCUAAUCCUUUGGAUUGAACCGUUUUGAUACAUUUCGCCUAUGCGCCCGUGUAAACCGCCGUGUAAAUCCGAUUUUUUUUUUUUAAAAUGUCAAGGACUCCCCGCGAUAGGUUCCCGCGACACUGACGCGGUGGCGGCGGUACACGGCGUGCGUGUGCGAGUGUGGGACGUUUACAAGACGUCGUCUACUAUAAUAAUAAUAAUAAUAAUAAUAAAAAAAAAACCACGAAACGUAUAAAUAUUUUUUUUUUUUCCUAAAGACUAAUACUAUUAUUAUUUUGGCACGGCGUUCGAGAAUUUAUAUGAUUUUAUGGUUUUUUUUUUUUUAAUGUUAUACCGGAUAAUAAACUAUAUAAUUUCAAAACCGUUGGAAAUUAAGUUUAUUAUUAUUUUCUUUCACAAAUUGUAAUUGUUAAUAAUAAUCAUUUGAAUACCUAUCUAAAUAUUAUAUUAUUAUCGUCUCGUUUUAAUGUCCGGACAAUCGUCGGCGUUUCCUUAGAUUAACGGGUCGUAAAAAAGAAAAAUCCAUACAAAUUCGUGGAAUUUUAAUUUGUUUAUUAUUGUAAUUUUUUAUCGGUUGACUUCCGCGACCGUAUAACGAGAAAUAUUCGUGUUUUCUCGUUUCGACAAAAUUUAAUUUCACUAAUUUAAAAAAAAAAAAAAAAAAAUUAUUUUAUAGUACGCCGAUUUGUACCCGUGUGUGCCAUUGGCGCCCAAACUAUAUUUUGAAUGCGGAAAAUUGUCGGAAAUUCGAAAAUUUAUCGUCGGAAGGAACAACGCGACUAUUGGAACUAGACAAUUAUUAGUGUACCCCUUAAAUCACUCGAAACUCUACUCCGUUUGUACCGCCCCUCGAAUAUGAUUUGCGCCGACUGCUACACGUCAAACACGGUUUGGGCGCCAUUGUGUGAUGCGAUUGUUGCAAGUAUAAUGUGAUGCAUCGUGCAUGCGAUAUUGUUAUAGCGGGGUCGUGCUCGCGAAUUUGCAACGGUAACGAUGCGGUAAAUAUAAUAAUCACGAUUCGUGAGUAAAUCGCAGAACCUUUUACUGCGUUAUACAUCGGACCCGACAAUGAUGAUUUUUUUUAAAAAUAACGACCAAUUUUUAUUGGAUUAAUCGAGCUUUUUUCUCGCGCAUUCGGCUGUAAUAUGCAAUUUCUGGAUGGAAUUACUAUUAUACGGCAAAUAAAUGUUCACCACAGUUGUCACCGUACGGGAACAUGACCUCUAACCUCCCCCCUCCCCCGCGCACCCCACUGAUUAUUAGACGCCUUCACUACCUAUAUACAGGGCGUAACACGACUAUUUGACAUUUUUACAUAUUGUAAUCACAUGUAAAAACGCCGAAUAGUCCGGUUACACCCUGUGUAUUAUAUUAUAUCGAUAUAAAUCGUCCGCGCAAAUAUUUUUGUCCAUAACGCGCACUUUCAUUUUAUAAAAAUAUUAUUAUGUUAUUAUUAUUUUGUCGGGUUAUCGAAUUCCCGAAGAAAACGUAUAGGUAAAAUUAUCGAACUCGAUCGCUUCGCGGCCCCGUCUCACAGGUGUAAAACGUUAUUUCGCGGGCCCGUAUUGUUCGUUUGAUAUACGAUAUCCGGCCUUUGAAAAAUCUGAGGUGGCGGAGGGAUAAUAAAUCCCCCUAUACGCACAUCAUUCAAUAGGUUAUAAUAGCUAUUUUACCAGCUGUGUUCGUAUGUAUACCCGGCAAUGGCGGACGUGUGGCCGCACAGGUUUUAUAAUAAUAAUCGCGUACACAAAGAGUUAAGUCGCGACAACGACGGUAGCAGAUGUUUUCGAUUGAACAAUUUGGCGCGCGCUUAAUAUGAUUUUUUUUUUUUUUUCAUAAUACAUAAAUUGUCAAAUCGUAAAAAUUCUACUCCCGUGUACAAAUAAUAACAAUAAUAAUAAUACCCUGCUGCAGGGGUAUUUUACGCGGCUGCGAGACCGGGAUUUUAUAUACGCCAAGCCACCUCCCCACCUUCCCUCCCGAACCCCUCCGUGACUAUAUACGCCCAUAAUAUUCAAGUUGUCUGUCAAUUGCAUAAACUGCCAUAUUGGAAUGCGUACAUACUGUAUAUAUAUAUAAUAUAACUCGUCAGAUAGAUAUGGUUAACAUAUAUGUGUGUACACAACAUCUGUAGAGAAAAAAAAACUUUACUUACGAAGGUGAACAAUAAACAGUAUCCUCUUAUAUGGAUUCAAUAACUAUCAUUGUACGAUGCAAUUCCGAAAGUAAAUGACUAUCCUUUAAUAAGGAGUUAAAACACCUUGAGAUUUUUUUUUGUUUCGUUUUUUUUUUUUGCUUUUUAAAUCCAUCAUUAGAAAACCAAGCGACUGUUAUUGUAUUUUGCAAGUAUAUUAUAGUAAAUCUGGUCGAAUUAAAAAACUAAACGGAUUUUUUUUUUUAAUAAAGUAGUUUCUGUAUUUUUAAAUUAUAUAUAAUAUUUAUAAAUAUAUUUUUUUUUAAUCUUAGCGCAACGAAGAAUGCAUUGGUUUUUCUAGCUAUGUGUGGUUUUUUUUUCUCUCUGCGAAUAGCUUUUCUACCAGAAAUCUUGUACCGAUCAUCAACUUCAGAUGUUUGGUAUAGCGAAUUAUGUUUAGUCGGUUAUUUUGGAUUUUCUCGUAAUUUUAAUAGUGACCUUUGUGUUCUUAAAUGAUUCGGUAAAACCGUAGAAAAAAACUGGGAAAAUGUACGACGAUAUGACGGUUUUGUUGUUUUCAUUUUUUUUUUUUUUGUAAUUUGUUUAAAAAUAAUCGCAGAGAUGUGAUACGAUUUUCAAAGCAUUUCGAUGAUUUUUAAUUAUUCAUAAACAUUCGAAAUUGCUUACAGAUAUAAAUGAAACAGUUCUGUAUGCACCUAUCUUACAUUUCUACUUUUCCGACUAUUGUUAUGUAUAAUCAGUUUUACAAUAUCCAAUUGUACGAUGAUCGUAUCGUAUUUGUAACUAUAUAUACUUAACAAUUCAAAAAUGAUAUGCUCAGUUUUGUUUUGUUUUUUGCUUUUAAGUAAUAUAUAAGUAUUUAAAUAUUACAAAAUUAAUAUCACAUCAGACAGCGGUGGAUUCGAAUAUUGAUUUUAAAAACAAAAAUAAAAAUCCUAGAGGCAACGCCACGUCAAACCCUCCCCUUUCAAUUACCUCCAUUGGUAACAAACGAAUUAAUUUACAGAAACAAUAAAAAAAAAAAAAAUGAGCUGAUACAGGGGUACGGCCACUGUUGUAGAUGUUUAGUGUGGAAGGCGGGAUACAUAAAGUUAUUUAAUUUAUGAGUGUAACUAACGAUAAACCAUUGAUAACGAAAAACGAUUCGGAGCAAAGUUCGGUUGUACGAUAUGUUUUGAAAGGCUGUAAUAUUUACGAUUUUUGUCAAAAUUUGAUUUUAAAAUUUAAAACUUAUAUAAAAAAAAAAAAAAUACUCCAUCAAACUAAUUUUUUUUUUUCUGAACAAUAGGUACGACUGAAUCUCCUAUCAGAUUUCCAAGCAUUUCUGUUUAGUCUAACAAUUUUAUCCACAGAGUACCUACCUAAUAAAAAUUACGUAUAAAACUCGUAAAAUUAAAAUGUUUAUUAAUAGCUCAGAAAUUGUUCAAAUAUUUUGAAAGUUUUACUACGUAUAGAAAAAGUAAGCAUAAGUUUUCUGUCAACAUUUUGAGUCUCUAUGAAUAUUUCGAAUUGAAUUGCAUUAAAAAAAACAAAAUUUAACAUAAUAAUAGAAUUAUUAUCGUAAAUUUUCCCUUUCUUUCUACUUGUUUUUCGGCUUUGUUCAAUUAUUAAAAAACUACAAAGAAAAUCAAAAAACAACUUUCUUGGUCACCAACUAGAAUAAAAAUUCUAGAACAAUGAUCCCUUAUCUUUUUGUCACACAAAUUUAUCAGUUUCUAUUUUUCGUAAAUUUUCGGUUUUUCUCAAUUAUUACAGAACUACCAGACGUAUCGAAAAACGAGUAAUUUACUUGUGAACUGGAUUACAAAUUCCAUAAAAAAAGCUCUCUUGUCGUUUAUAUAUUGGAGCGAUAUUUAUGGUAGAAAACAUAUGCCGGAAAAAUUUAAAAUUAUGAAAUCGUCGUGUCGUAAUUUAAAAAAUAUUUCGCCUUUUUUGGUUUUGCCCAAUUUUUAUGAAAAAUGCUUUAGGUGUAUCAAAAAACGGCUUACUUUGUUAGUUUUGCUAUGUGUUGAAAGUAACAAAGCCGAUCUCUUGUUAUUUUUCGAUUGAAGUAGUAUUCCGGGUAGAAAACAUCGUGUAAACAUAAUAACACCAAUGAGAACGGUUACGGCGCGCCGCGGCGUUAUAUAUUUGCCGUUUUUCCUAACUAUUAUUUUCUUCCGGGGUUUUCCCAAUUAUUCCGAAAGCCCCUCGGAAAAUCGAAAAACGCGCCGAAGAAAGAAGAUCGCCAUUCGGAAAUGGUGCUUCAGUCCGUACUUCUGAGCAAGUUUCUCGGUAAAAAAAAGUCGUUCACUGACAGCAAAAAUACGAUGCAAUACAAUCGGUUUUCGCGAUGUACGCCGUCCGACUCCGAAUAAGUUUUAUAAUUUUAUGGCGUUACAAUAAUUAUAUAAUAUAAUAUUACGCAUUAUUAUCAUAAUAAUAAUAAUAAUAAUAUCGUCUAUAUAGCUCGAUAUCGUAUUUAUGAUUCCGUAAAUAAACAUAAUAUAUUAUAACGUAUAGCCGGUAAUAAUCUUUUAUUCGGAACGUAUGUAUAUUUUAAAAACGUGUCUCUGAUGUUAUAGAAUUAUUAACGUUGUAAAAAAAAGGAAAAAAGGAAAAAAGUGAAUUUAUAAUAUUAUUAUCGUCUGUACCGCUCGUGUAUAUACAAUAAUAAUGUGUGUAUAAUAUACGCAUAGAGGAUAUCGGUAUGCUAAUGCGUUUGAGAGUGCUUUGGAGUGUCUAAUAAAAAUCGUUUUUUCUCCGUCUCUCUCUCCCGUCCCGUUCCAUUUUCUCCCGGUAUUCGUUCAACAAUCAAACGUAAAAUAUGUCUGUUGACAAAGUCGCAGUUAAUUAGUAAAAAUCGCCGAUCAAAAAAAUAAUAAUAUUGCGCAACGAUCGGAGAGAGAGAGUAAGUGAGAGAGACUCCGGAAUAGUAUUAUAAUAUACUUGCGCGGAUGUGUUUGACGCGUAUUCGGUCGUUUUUUUUAUUUUCGCCUUCUUCUUCUUCUCACGGUUAAAAAACGGAAAAAAAAGGACGCGUACGGCGACUUUAUGUAUGCUGCAGUAUAUAUAUAUAUUGCGCUCAUAACAAUAAAUUAAAGCCGACAGUUGAAGAUUUUGGCGUGUCGUUUGCGGUCGCGUACUGUUAUAGGUAACUGCGGUGUGUAUAGGUAUACAAUAUACGUGUAUACAGAGAAAGAGAGAGAGAGAACUUGAGAGACGACGGCGGAGAAAAUAUUUAAAAUAUAUUGCUCACUCGGGGCACUUUGCGAGUUAAAACCCAUAAAAAGAUAUUUAGACACGUGUCGCGUUCAAGACGAAGAAGACGACGGAAACAAAUUCGAGACCGCGUUUUUGUUUUUUGUUUUUUUGUUUUUUUUUUCUUUCCGUGAAAAUAUGUAACGCGAUUUACCCACACCGUGCGUAUAUACCUAACCGCCAUCAUACUUCCGAGACGGUCUCUCGCUAUAGUUUCGCUGCGGGACGACACAAUUCCGUUUUUCAUUUUUAACGACUCGCGGCGUAUAGUCGUGUAUCUAUGUAUAUGUAUACAGCGCACACGUAUUCGACUAUAUGUAUAUAAUAUUAUAUUGUGAUAACAUUGAAAAAGCGGGGCUAGACGUUGAUUUUAAUCACGAGGAGUUGAAUAGAUUCAACAUUUUUUUUGGACACGCCCACGUUCUCACGAUAGCGUCUGAAUAAUAUUUCCUUUUGCUUGCUCCCCAUUGGCGGACGCGGCAUCGCGCGGCGGCGCAAACCGCAAAUACGCCUAAAGGCGUAUGGGUACUGAUUUUAAACUCAUAAGAAACAGGACCGCGUCCGAGCAUAUAAAUAUACGUGUACGUGUAUGAUAGGUACCGCGUUGAAUGUGCGUAUAUACACUUUUUUUUUUUCGCAUUAUAAUAUUAAAUACGUAUUAUUAUUAUGUAUAUAUGGGUAUGGACGAAAAAAAAAAACUGUGGUUAAUCAUCAUAAUUAAUUGCGCAAUAAUUGUACGGGUUCGUAUACCCACCUAGGUAUAUACCUGCAGAUACCUAAUACCUAUCGGUGGUUGGCCCGUACUGUAAAUAUUAUACUACCUAUAACAUUAUAUUGUUGUCGGCAUAUUAUUACUAUCGGCGCGAAAAUCUAUACGCCGGUAGUAUUGGAUCCCGCGCGGCGGUUUCGUAAGGGCGGAGGACCGCGUCCGAAUCGGUUGUUCCGGACGUAUAUGAAUCGGGUUUCCCGUGAAGGCUUUUGAAAAAAGGCGGUGUCCGAAGGGCCAAUAUGUCACAUUUCGUGACUGUCGGGAAAUGGGCUUUGAAUUCCCCAACAUAAGGCCCUGUGUAUUUUACCAAAUGUUCGAGUAAUUUUCAAUUUUUACAAAAACUCGAACGAUUUUUAUUGAGAAAAUAAAAAUCUAUACGCUUCUUUUUUUUUUUUCCAAUUGGUUUUUUUUUUUAAAAAAAUAUCGACAUCUCGCAUAAUUAUACUGUCCAAUAUCAACGCAACACCGUUUCCCAUGUCUUUAUGUGCACGGGCGUCUAUUAUAUUAUUUACGCGAUCUAUUGUUGUCGUUGUCAAUUAUCGCCGCGUUCGGUAAUCCGCCAAAAACCGUACAGCGUGUUAGGCUGUGGUCACAGUGGCGCCUACGUCGGCCAUCCGAUAAUUUUCGUCAGACAGAUGGGACACGGUCACAGUGCCUCAGACGUCGGCCGAUAAAAUUGGCCGACAGUUGUUGAUUUCAGUGCGGCGGCUGCGGGUUGUGUUCAUUUAUAAAAUGGACUCUUCCUCUCAUUAUUGCGCAGUUUGGAAACAAGUACCCCGCUAUUAAAUGUUUAUUAUCAAAAAAGCGAAAAUGUCACGCGAAUGACUAUAUACUGGUACGGUCCCAUAAACUCCUUAUUCUUUCUCUGACCGGACACUUUGCAUUUUUCCACGAUGAAAAUAUGAUAGUCGCGUUCGAACUGACACAAUUCGAUAACUGAUACGAUUAAUAUUCUAUAUCACAUUUGUUCAAAAUCGUUUUUCAUUGGGUUAUCGUCGCGUAUACAGAUGUAAAUUCAAUUAUUCUGUAUGAUAACCAACUCCCGUCGCCGCGGUUUCUCCUAAAACAGCGGCACGUCCGUCAGCAGUAUCGGAUUUGUUUUUUUUUUUUUUUUGUUUUUAACGGGCCAUUUCGCCUUAUCGAAAGAGCGCGGAUUUUUAAAUUUUUACAAUAUAUUGUCCGUGCCGUGGUUUUUUUUUUUUUGCGGUUUUCGAAAAAUACACGCCGCCGGUGCGCACACACACGCACACACAAUAUAUACAAAUACGAUAUGAAAUACUGGGGGGGGGGGUUAUUGAAAUCAAAUCAUGUGACAAUAAUUACAUUGGCGUGUAGGAGGCGCGUACCACUGUCCCGCAAUAACGUAUCGUACGCGUACAAAAACUGUCGCGGUGACGGUGACCGCCGCCGCCGCCGCCGUCUUACGUGUAUACAUAAUAGAUACGGGUACCCGUAGUAUCGUGCGCGCGCGCGUUCGUAAUCCCGUUUUCUGCGAGAAAUUCCGCCGAUCGGAUUGGAUACGUCACGUGGGCACGCAUACGCGUAUAAUGGGUUCCUCUUCUAGAACGAUGAAUAUUUCAUACGCCGCAAUAAUAACGUACGCGUGUGGUACUCGCUGUCCGCGCCGGGCACGUUGUAUGCGGACUCCGGGGGGACGCAUAGAGAGCUGAUAGAGAGAGAGAGAGAGAGAGAGAGAGAAAGAAAACUGCUGUUGUUGCGCGCGCGCGGAUAAUACGAUGAUAUACCUACGCGACAUUACGCGAUACUCUAGUAUAACACGGUGUAAACGAUAAACCGAACGCGGGUUAGAAAUAAACGGUUGUGAUAAUAACAAUACUACCGAUCGUACGCGGUAAAAGCGUAAAAAUAUCCGACGCGAUGUCUCGGCGCGUCGCACACGGCCGGCGCGUAUAAAUAAACGGUGCCGGGGCGGUGCCGUAAUAGUACGGCGGCGUCUGACCGUCGCGCCGCCGUGUCGUGUUGUACUGAAAAAAUGGCCCGCGCGGGCAGCCGCCGUUCGCGUAAAAAAACUGAAUCGGGCACGGGUUACGUUGUUAUUGUUAUUGUUGUUAUUGAUUGUCGUUGUCGUUGUGAUUACGGGUUCGCGCGACACGCGGUUUGUACGCGUGCCUGUAUCGCGACGAAAACCUAAUAAUGCGCCGUGCGGUGGACCACUGUCGUCCCGCGAAACGAUAACGCGCGUCGGUGUCGAACGCGCCGUUCCAAUACGUUUUAAUUCCGUUAUAGAUACCCUAUUAUGUCGUUGACACGCGGGCCACGGGUGUUGUGCGCGAGCGGCCGGCAUUCCGCGACCGACACGGUUUCACGCGCGCAGUAGCGAUCGCGUUUCGGCCCGGUAUUGUUCGACGAGCGGUUUUUUUUUUUUUUUAUUUUUUUUUCGCUUUUUCACCACCGUCAUACACGAUUAAUUGCCGCUCGUCCGGGUGCACCGCGCCAGUCAGCUAGUGGCGCCGAACAUCCACCGGUGUCACGACCGGACGCCGGCCCGCGUUCUUUCGUAAAGUUAACCGCGGUGCGGCCGCUUCGUUCCGGGCCAACGUUCGGUUACGCCGGACAAUAUUUCGUUGCGCAGAAACGAAAACCCUACGGCCGACCUGCCGUAUAGAUCUAUAGUUUUCGGACGUAAAACGGAAAAUAUGCGGGAGAAUCAAAAAAAAAAAAAAAAAUUACCUCCCCAAAGUACCGCCCCAGUUCGGAAACUUGAAAAUUGCCGGUAGAAAAGUUGUUCACAGAUUAAAACGAAGUAAUAAUAAUAAACGCCAUUGCAAAACCAAUACAUUCUUGGAAUCUACGUAAUUGAAAACAAUUUUCGCGAUCUCCCGAAAAUCGACCCGGGACUGACCAGUGGGUCCGCGAUCCGCAGUUUGUGGAACGCUGCAUUAGAAUAAUUAACUAAACAUACCCAGUUGGAAUGUAAUAAUGUUAAAUGUUUUAAUCUUAUCACUGUUAUCACGGUAACAUAUCACGCAUGACCUCGGUCAGUGAAAUCGUGAUUCAUCAUCUAAGUGCUGCGUCUUGUCACGAUAUCCAUAAUGUUCCUGUCGUUUGCUAUCUUUUCCUCGGUUGUAAAUAUGAUGCGAUAUCCAUUUGCAUCCUGCUUCGGAUUUUGGAAGUAUAAAGUUUUCGGACGUUCUCUCGUUCUUUCCUCCUUCAGCUUGAGCACCGUCGUACGUACGAAGUUGAAAAUAUUUAGACGCGGCGUAUAAAAUCGGGAAUCGUAUUUCGAGUGAAAAACUUAGGUUGCUCGAAAUGCAUUUCGAGAAUCGCUCUUUGACAAAAAUAUCAUUUCGCGUUAUCGUGAGCCGAUAUUCAACGGUCGAUGCGGGAAUUCGCCAACAAUAGGUGAGCCUACAUUGGGAGCCCAUUCGCCCAUUCACCGUUUUGGAUUAUUAAACUACCAACACAGUUCAACGUAUUGAAAUUAAGUAUAAAUUACGUGAUAGAUUAGUUAAGUUGAUGUAUGUGUAUACUAUUAUAAAUUACGAAAAAAAAUUUGUUUUUCUAUCGAAUAAUACCUAUAGAUAAUAAUAAUUCGUAAAAAACGAAUCGCGUAGACGAAAUAGAUUAUUGAACGUUGCGGAAAGUAUAAUACGGACGGGUGUUUUUUAUUAUUUAUUUUUUUUUUUCACGAUUUUCAGUCGUAUCUAUGUUUUCAAUAUAAUUAUUCGGCGGUAGCCGCGGUGAAUAAAUUAUUAAUUAAAUCAUCGAGUCGAUCGCGGGUUGUUGCACGCGGCGGCGUUAUAACACAUCAAUUUAUAGAUACCUCUAUAGGUAUACCCAUUAAUAUUCGGUGAAAAUUUCGAUUGGAUUAAAAUCGGAUAACGAGUUUAUGUACGUACACGUAUAUAAUAUUGAUUGCGCGUAUAUCUAUAAUAUAAUAAUAUUAAUAACGAGUUAUGACGUUACAUUGUUUGGAUCGUAUGUAUAUACAGGCGGAAGUAUAUGUGUCAAAAAAAAAAAAAAAAAAUAUGCGAUUUUUAUUUAUUUAUUUAUUUUUUUUUCAUUAUUUAUACGGUCGGAUAUUCGGCAGGUAGGUUGAUAUAGGCUUGAUUACUCGGUACCUAUACCUAAUAUUAUUAUUAUAUACGUAAUAUAGUCACCGCCACCGUGUAGAAUCAUCCGCUGCGGGAUAAUUUGUUUUCGGUACACGAGCAGCACGUAUAUUACAUUUUUCAUUAAUUCCAGAAGCACUUUUACAGCACCGCAACAGGUCGAAUAACCAUUAAAAAAUAUUUUUAAUAGCCUCCUUUAAAACUAUAUCACUCGAUUUCCUGAUUGUUUUUUUGUGCGUGUGUGUGUGUUGUUUUUUUUUCAACAGGCAUAGAACGGAGGUUGUUCUAUUGCUUAUAUGUAUUUUUUUUUUUUUUUUUUUAAAUUUAACAUUCGCCGGUGUACACUUGGCGAAAAUACGUAAAUACAGUGGUUCGCGUGGCCGGCGUAUUCAAUCUCAAUACAAUAUAAUAAUAUUAUUACCGUUCUCAAUGUAGUAUUAUAGCUGCGAUGUUAUUCACUAGUGAUGACGGGCACAACCGAAUGCUGCUGCAGUAUUACCAUCGGACUAUUCGAUAAUUGGAUCGCAUUCGAACUAUCCGGUUUGUCACAAAUAGGGGCGUGGGGACGCGUUCCUUCUCAAAUGUCGCUGCCGAGUCCCUCCGGUUCAAACGUUUUGAGUACUUAUAAGAAUAUAUCAUUUUUUUUUUUCUCAUAAAUCAAACGCAAUUAUAAUAGUUGUUAAAAAAAAAAUUCUGUUUUCGCUAUGCAUUAUUAUUUUUUAAUGACGUAUAAAUAGCAUAUAUUCCGUGUGUUUAUUAAAUACUCUCGGACACAACAAUGCAUUAUAAAAGCCAAUGAUGUGCAGGUGUAUACGCGCGGGAAACACAAUAUUACGAUCAACGCGAUUUCGACGGUGACUUAUUGUUCGAGGUCGACUCUGAAGCAGACUAUCAUCUUUCACCUCUGCCCGUGUUGCAUAUCGAGAGGGAUUUGUCGAAUAAUAUAAACGGAUAUCGUGCGUAGGCCUCUUUUUCAGGGUGUGCUGUAGAAGGCUGUCACUAGCGCCCCUGGGAGUUAUUUUAAGCUCGUAAAACUCUGAUAAAAAAAUAUACACAGAUAUUGAAAUGUCUUACCAACUGUUUAAAUUAAAAUUAAAAUUGAAUUAGAACAUAAAACGUACAUAUUUCUUUCGUAAAUAUUUGAUUAAAUUCAUAAUAUGAUUUUCGUGAACCCCGGGGACUCAGCCCCCUAUUCUCCCCCCUGAAUCCGGGCCUGAUGUGCAGCUGCAUAUCCUGCAUACUCCCGGCGCAUGCCUAUGGCGGAAAUAUGAUAUUGUAAAUUUAUUUGCCGAAAAAUAAAAUAAAAUAAAAAUGUUUGUAAUUCGGUUACUAUAGUCACGGAUUGUGGAUGGGGGUUGGGGGGUUUGUUCAUAUUAUGUGGAGGGACGAGACUCCCCUGAAAAUUAGAGCUAUUUGCGGUGCUUAUAUGCGGUUAUGGAAAAAAAAUUUAGAAUGAAACAUUCGAUAGUUCAUCCAAACUAUCGAUACUGUAAACUAUUCGGAAGUGUGCAUCGUUAUAGUAUUUAAUGCCAAAAUGACGAAUGUCGGCGUUUUUCAGAUUCUGUGUGUAACGAAAAACUAUUUGUUUUACGAUAAUAUACUCGUAUUAUUAAGUAUAUUUUUUUUCUCGGAAAACGUCGCACAAAUUUUUUCGGUUAAUAAAAAUGCUCGAAAUUAUUCACACUUAUAAGAUGCGGAUUUUUCGCGCGGUAUAGUCAUUUUUUUUGUUAUAUACAGCAUUUAAAAACUAAUAACAAAUUUCGAUAUAUCUGUUUUAUUUUUGUUAAAAAAAAAAAAAAAACCUUCUAGUACUACUAUAAUACCUACUGCUCGGUUCACAAUCGUUUUGUUUUUUCGUUUGUCGUCGCGUGGACUACCCGUGUACAGUAUUAAUAUUAAUAAUAAUAAUUAUUAUUUUAUGAAAAUGUUAAAAAUCUUCACGAAUCCAAAAUAAAAUAUUACGUUGUCGUCGUAUAUUGUGUCGGGAUCGUUAUACAAUAUAAUAUUAUAUAUUAUACAGUUGAGUAUUAUACGCACUAAACUACACUACACGAUACUAUAAUAUAAUAUAUACCUACACGAAUAGCCACAAUUAAUCGUGUCUACAACGCAUGUUGUACGGCUAUAUAGGAAGGCAUAAUAUUUAUUUUAUUUUUUUAUUUUUUGUUUUAACUAACUGCCGCCGAUAAACAUGUUACCCCUAUACCAUAAAAAAAAAAAAAAAAAAAAAAAAAAAAAAAAACAAUUCCCUUGGAAAAAAAAUGUAUAGGUAUAUAUAUAUAUAUAUACAAUAUAUAAUAUCCAUUUCGGUAUAGUAAACUAAUUAACAUCAAUUGUACUUCUUUUUUGAUGCCUGCGGAAAGACUCGUUUAAAAAUACCAAAUAACAAUGUACCGGUUCAGUAAGAAUGUGUACGUUUUUUUUUUUUUUUAUUUUUUAAGUCCGUCGAAAAAAAUACCAGUACGUUACGUUUCGUUACAAUUCGAUUCUCGUAAUUACCUACGAACUUUUCAAAAUGAUGACGAGCGACUUAUAUAUAUAUAUUAUAUUAACAAGCGUAUGUAUCGAGUGUAAAUACAUUUUACGUUUUCACGAAGCUCUGCAUUGAAUCAAAAUUAUUACGAUAAUAACUAAUACGUUUUUAAUUCAAUUUUAAAACCAUAACAUUUGCAUAUUAUAUUAUUAUUAUUAUGCGUUCCGACCAACAUCUGUGCGUAGGUAAUAUAAUUCAUAAAAUCGGUAUUUUUUUGAAAACUCCGUACCACAUUUUACUUUCAACAUUGUUACAAUGUAAAGUGCUCGCACGUUAAAAAUAUUGUACGUUUUCCGUAUUAUUAUUGUAACAUUAUAUUAUGGGUACCAUUUUUCAACGACGAUUUUAAAAAUUAUAAAUUUCGGUUAAAGAUCAUCGUCUAUACAGUGAAUAUAAAACUAUAAUAUUAUUAUAGGUAGGUAGGUAGGUAUUCGAAAACAUAAUAUUAUUUCGUUCCUUUGUUACACUAUUAUAAAACUUGACUUACUGUGGGAUUUAUUUGGGGAAACAGGUUUUAACAACAAUUUGUACUAUAAAAAACGCUGUCUUACCUUGAAACUGUCAAGCCCUCAAAUUAUUGUAAUAUAUAUAUAUAUAUAUAUAUAUAUAUAUAUAUAUUUAUAAUAGUAUACCUAGCCGUAGACGGUGUAGGUAUUAUACUGCAGUUGAUCGUAAUAAAAAUUUUGAACUCUAAAAUUGUAGAUUAUAAUUUGAUGUUUUAUUCGCUAUUUAUUAUGGUCGCGGGGUAAAAUUAUACACGUUUAAAUAUAAUGUGUAUAAUUCGUGCGGUAGACGAUGAUAUAUUCUGCAGCAGUUUUCGCACGACAAUAAUAUAAUAUUUCGUAAAAUACGCAUUAUAAAGAAUGCGUCUUGUAGUACAACGAAAAAAUGUACGAAAUACAAUUCGAUGUCCGUUAAAAAUAUUAAUAGGUAUGUAGGUAUUUCUAUAGAAAUUAUAGAUUUUUCACAUAAAAAAAUGUUUAUUAAAUAUUUUAAACGCUACGUGAUAUGUAUGGCGGGUCAAAGUUUUUUUUUUUUAAAUCUUGUACCUACCUAUGUGCACAUUGUCGGUAAAAAAAAAAAAAAAAAUUAAAGAAUUAUAAAUAAUGGUAUCCGUUUUUAAAAAAAUACAGGUAUUGUUGUUACCUAUAGUUAUUUUGUGACUUGAUAUUAUAAUUUAUUUAUAUAAAAAAUCUUGACCGACAGCUAUUUCCUAAAGAAUUUUUAAAAACGAAAAUUAUUACACGCUGUAUAAAAUGCUAAUGGUUUAAUCUCAUCAUUACCAUAACGCGUAAAUUAUAUAAUUACUGGUAAUUAUAAGAACAAUCAUAUAUUUUUAACGACUAAAAUAUACGUUAAACAACAUCAGGCGCUAUAGGAUCUAUAACUGGAAUCUGAAAUGGGAGGGGGAGGGCUAAACAUUUUUUUCGAGAAGGACAACCAACAUAAUUUAAGUAUACAUAACAAUAUGUAAUGAGUGUGUACGAUAAUACAUUUUUCCAAAUCAUAAAAAACGUUUGACAAGUACUUCCGUGACGCUGUUUUACAUACGUAUUAGGUACUCCUUAUUGGCGAAAAUAGGGGAAGCGUAGCGAGCCCCACCGAAUUAAAAUCUUAUAAAGUAUAAAUACUAAGUAUACAUAAUCAAUAUUAUAUCGAUACUAUAAUAGAGGCUUAAUCCUCUUAAAUAUUUGAGUUAUUUGCACUUAAAUAUGCCGCGAAAUGUCCAAAAAUUUCACGUACUGUGCAAUUUUAAUAUUACUUAUUAAUAUUAAAAUUUUUUUUCUUCAAGUAUUAGAUUUUUGUUACGAAUUUUACAGCGAAAAUAGUAUUAAUGUAUAAUUUUUUUUUCUAUUAAAACAUGCGAAUAAAUGUAUGAUACAUUAAAUUUACAUUGACUAUACAUUAAAUUAAGAUAAAGUUAUGAAAAAAUUCUUCGUAAGCUGAAUUUUGGUAAACAAUUUCGACAAAUUAUUGCGUUUGUCUAAUAAUCGUGGGACAUAGGAAUUUAUAAAUGGGAUAGGAAUAUAGGAUUUACAUCGGAAUAAAUAUAUAUGAAUCCCCGUAUAUAGGAAUUUUCCCGUUUGUGUGUCAUACAGGUAUAUUAUAACCGUAUCCAAAGGGGUGGAGUGGAGGGCUAAUGCUAAACGCUACCCUCUUGGAUCCGUGCACGAACAUCAUUGUAAUAUUUUAACGUAAAGAAAAUAAAUUAUACAGUUUAGGUAGUGGUUAUAACCCCGAAACGGUAUGUGGUAAAAAAAAAAACCCCACAUUAGGUAUUAAAUUGAUUCGGUUCUUUUACAGUUUUACUACAAAACCCACUUACUCUAUGCAGUUAUAAUAUUAUACUCGGGCACGAGAAUGCGUCAAUUCGGAUUUAUUUUUUAAAUAUUUUCAAACGCUGCAACGUGUUUUAUUCGCGGACAUUCAAAGCGCAACCGUAUAUAAUAAUACUAUUACUUUUACUUAUAAACAACGUACGCGCGUCUUCUUGAAGAAAUACAAAAAUAAAACUGAACAUCACGCGCGUAGAAUAGGUAAAAUACACACGUAUAUACCGGUAUACACGUAAAAGAAAGGAAAAAAUGUUUUCGGAAUUCUUGUUUUAUUAUUACUUUUUUUUUUUUUCCCGAUCGGGAAUUCUCUGAAACAGGUGAAAUUAUUAUAAAAAAAAAAAAAAAAAAAAAAAAAAUACACAUAUAUAUAAUAUCUUAACGUACGGAAGCGCAUCGCUGUAUGGCGGCAGUAGGUACCUGCCUAAACGGUUGAACAGAGUAUAGUUUUUCUGGCCGUCAUGCUCCGGCGCAAUUGCUCGGGUCAUUAAAAAAGGUAACACCAUUGAAUGAAAAUAUAUAGGUAGGUACGGUGUUUGAGAACAUGAUCCGGAAUGCGUUAAGUUAUUUUAAUAAGAUAACAUCGAUUUGAAUAAUAUAAUAUUCUGCGCCGCCGCCGAUGCGAGAUUAUAAUAUAUGGGAACAAAAGUGUACAGCAUGGAGCCAAUUAGCGUUUUUUUUUUUUUUUUUGGCUCCCGUACGGACGACUACUACGCAUGAGUGGAUUCGCGAACGUGUAUGCCGCGCCGCUUGCCCGCAAUGAUUUAUAAUAAUAUGUUCGAACGUUUGUUUACGUAUAAUAUUUAUUUGUGUGUUUGUUUUUUUUUUCUUUCCAAAGGUGAAAGUGACGAUUUUGGACAAAAACGAUAACCGUCCGAUGUGGCCGAGCGCGCCGAUCGAGUACAAAAUCUCCGAGGAAAUACCGAUCGGUUCGCCGGUCGCCACGUUGAAAGCCACCGACCCCGAUUUGGAUUCGACGCUGACGUACACGAUAAUCGGCGACGACGACAAUAGCUCGCCACUGAUCUUGGACGCGUACACGGGCAUCGUCCGCGUUCGCAAGCCCAUAGAUAGAGAGACCAGCCCCAGACACGUGCUUCCGGUUCGGGUAUCCGACGGGAUACACGAUAGCGACACGUCCGUACUAUUUAUCGUAAGUGUAACGCUUGCAUUUUGAAUUCCGUUUUUUUUUUUCGUCGUGAAUUAUCGAUAUAGUUAUUUUCGAUAUAUUUUCAUGCUAUCCUUGCCUUUAUAUAAUAUUAUCUACAUUGAUUGCAGCGUAUAUAUGGUGUAUGUGUAUAUACUGUAGAGAUGUUACGAACCCUGAUUGUUAAGGUUGAACCAAACCUAGCCUAACUUUCUUUAAAAUUAACGAACACGAACCGAACCGAACCUACAAAUUUCUAUUUGUACUCAAACCGAAACGAACUUUAAAAAAGUAAAAAACUUUGGUUAGAUUAGUUCAAAAACUUAGACAAAUUUAGAAAUUUACUUUUUCGUAACAUGGUCGCUCUGUAUACUAUCACAGAACAUUGUAUUGGUAAUCGCGUAGAAUCGGCAUCGAAUGACUUUCGAACCGAACCGAACAGUCCGUCAAAUCUCUAGUUUAUGGUUAUAAUAUUUCGAGAAUCGGUUUCAUAUAGCGGAAAACAAAAAAUAAAUCUGAUGCAAGUGCGCGUUAUUGUUAACGUUGAAGACAUACGAGCAUCUCAAAUUAUGAAUACUCAGAUUAUUAAUUGUGUGUGUGUGCAUGUAUAGAAGUAUUAGAAGAUAUUGUGACUAAAAUCUAUCAACGGCAGUGUCGAUUUUUCUCGCCGUGUUUAAAUUAUUUCUCAGUCCUGCAAUCGUUGGUUUUAUAUACCAAACACGUUCUUCUCGUCGACGUCGGUUCCGCGCUUAUUUGGCACGUGCCAUAAAUUUCUUGUAAAAUAAUUCUCUAUAGUACCUAUAUUAUACACCAAUACAUAUAUACCUAUACUAUAAUAAUAAUAUAUAUAAUAUAUAAUGCAAUCAUAUAUGCACAAACAUCACGCGAUCUCCGAUUAUUCGCUUGUAUUUUAUUAACUAGACACAUUAUAUUAUAUGGUUUCGUUUUACGUAUAUGGAAUGCGUAAUAAUAUUAUAUUUAUUUAAAUAACCGUCGCGCGGGUACUACGCGGGGCAGUAUAUACCGCCUUCCGUAAACACAAUAUUAUCGAGUUGGUAUUAAUAAUAAUUAAACGGGGUAAUGAUAAAUGCCUUGUAUAUCAUUUCUGCAGCAGUGUUAUCCGCGCUAACCGCGCGUUGAAGUCUCCGUUCGCCAGUCGCCGCCAUUAUAAUAUUAUUCAUAUCGAAUGGUAAAGACAUUAAAACAAAUUAAAUUUCGCGGUAGAUAAAAAAAAAAAAAGAAGUAAUUUAAAUAGGUGUUCCCCGCGGUAAAGUCGUUUUUAUUAAACGCUGCGAUAUUUAUAUACAUUUCCAAACGGUGGUUAACCCGCGCGCGAUAUUCGAUAACAACUAUUUCGUAAUACAAAAUGAAAAAAAACGGUUCGUUAUUUUCUACGGCGCCCAUUAAAAAACGAUACACGUGCUUUUUUACUUGUGUGCAUAUAGAUUCUCGACACCAACGACAACGCGCCGUCGUUCGCGAAAAGCGUUUAUUCACUGGACGUCAGCGAGGCCACGGCGAGAGGCAUGAAAAUCGGUGACAUACUGGCCGUGGACGAGGACGAGGGCGUCAACGGCGUGGUCACGUACUCGGUGAUAAGCGAUUGGGCCAACGACGUGUUCAACAUCGAUCCGCACACAGGAGCUUUCUCCCUGACCGGAAAACUGGAUUACGAGGAGGUGAGUACUGCAUAUACGCGAUAUUAUACUUGUUUGUUCAGUGUACGCGGGGUGAUCUGUUGCAAUGAUAAGCAGGAAUGGAGUGGGAAUCGAAAUUAGUCCGGGAGAUUAAAAUUUAUCCAGACCGCUUGUUAUAAAAUACGUGUCACCGAGCAAAAUAUUGUUCUCGUAUUUUAAUUUGAACCAGUGGCGAAGCCGGGAUUUUCAAUCGAGGGAAGCUAUAUAAAUACGUUUUUACUUGAGACACGAUGGGCGAAAAUAUAAGGGGGUGUGGGGCUAAGAUUUUCGACCUCAUCGAUAAAUUUAGAACAACGAAAUUUUAUCGCCAUACAUUUUAAUGUAAUAAUUUAAACGAAAACGUGUACAAAAAAACUUAAUAGGUAUACGGAAAUAAUAAUAUUAUGACGUGUGUUUUAGCCCGGCAUUCUAUUAAGUUUUCAAAUAAUACGAGCGUUUAAAAUAUUGUAUACAAAUAUCGAGCCGUAUUACACGGUUUAAGCCAGGGACAAAUCCAAGACAAGAUAACGGGCGUGGGAGUCGAUUUUGAAAAUGUGUACAAGGCACGCGUGUAUGACGAGCUCGGUGAUAAAUCAAACUAGGCUAAACAAGAGUAUAAAGGAAACAGAAUUUUAUUUAAAUUUUGAUAAUAACUUAGCUUAGACCACGGCUAGUAGUCGUGUAGUCUUCUAGUGAACGAAAACACCAAGUAGUGCUGUAAUUUUUGUCGUAUCUAAUAUCGAAGUAGUGACGUUAUCUUCAAGUUGUUCAAAAAACGUCAUUGCCAGAUAGCAUGUUAAGCUGCAACACGAUAAGAAUAGCGUUCAAACACCAGCCUUUAAUAUAAUACAUUUUUUAGUAAAACUUUAAGUAUAAUACAAUAUGUACACUCAUCCAAAAUGAACGGGUGUAAAAACAGUAUAAAAAUAAAACAAAUUUAAUGUAAAACAUAAAAAAUGAAUAAAAAUGUUUGGGGUGUAAACCAGUUCACUUGCUCGUGGUUCACCGAGGGUGACUCUAAAUGAACUGGAACGUGUUCUGGCUGCGUUACAAAAAUGACCAUUUUUUUUUUUUUUAUUGGGACUCACUCGGGUGACACCUUUUUCCCGACGCACUCGGGUAACCCCGGCAGCCACACCAGACUGCAGUUAGUUGUCGUGGUACAGCCUGCGGGGUAAACGGUCUCCGAUCAAUGUACAAAUACGAAUAAUACACGUAGUAUGUUGUACGGUUAUGAUAUUAUUAUACGAUGUUAAUAAUAAUAUCAUGUACCCGCGCGUGUUUGUGUUCAGGUGCAACAUUACAUCAUGACCGUCCAGGCCCAGGACGCGGGAAAGCCGAUGUUGUCCUCGACGGUUACGGUGUACAUAAACGUUAUCGACGAAAACGACAACGCGCCCGUGUUUGAGACAAACAGUUACAGCGUGGAUGUUUACGAAAACGCUACUGUCAACACGGCCGUGGCGACGGUGAUGGCGACGGAUCGUGAUUCGGGUAAAUAUUAGCGCCGCCGUUUACUACUCUUUACUCUCGCGCGUGCAUGUGGUAUCCGGGCGGUUAGCGGGAACACGUGUCUUAUUAGUAAACGAUAUAUUUUUUUUUUUAUCAUUUCUUUUUAUUUCUUUUUUAUUCUUCGGCGACAUUUAGUAUAAUAAUAAUAUUUCAAUCCGUCAACUUCGUACCGCGGCGUGGGAGAGAGGGGGGGAAACUAAGACUUCUUAUUUUUAUACAUAAUUUGAAAUAAUUAUAUUACAUCGCAAUGUAUACGUAGGUAUAACAUUAUUAUUAUCCGAUCAUCGAUUUUUAUCUACCUGUCUACCUACCUACCUACAUACCUACCUAUCUAUAAUACCCAGUGUAUGUAGGCAUUCGGCCAAAGUCACGUGUCGAGAUGUAAAAAUAUAAUAAUAUAUGUACGAUUUUAUCGAUUGCGUGAUGUUUAUAAUUUUAUUUAAUGUAAAUCAUUUUUUAUAGACAUUUUUUCUACGAAAAUUUAUAUAUGCGGGUAUUUUUUUUAUUUAUAAACGAACGCUCCGAUGAACACAUUCGUCUUAGAAUUAUUAUUAUUAUUUUUCCAAUAAAACUAUAAUGGUUUAGUUAGACGGUUUCGCGAUAUUUUUUGUUACGACAAAAAAAUUAAUGCGCAUCGCAUUUUUUCGUCUACAGGAAUCAACGGGAAAAUAAGGUAUUCAAUCCAGUCUCUAGACCAAGAAGAUAAUGAUUUCACUAUUGAUCAGGACAAUGGCACUAUUUGGCCACAUCGCAGUUUGGACCGUGAGACCACGGCUUCGUAUAAUCUCGUGGUAGUUGCCAAGGACGGGGGACGCCCGGCGGCUUCCGAACUCUCAUCCACAGUGCAGGUAAUAAGCAACGCGGCAAUUUAAAUAGACGAAGCAUAAUCUUAUUGUAUUAUACGAUUAUUAAUGAGUUUGCUACGUAUCAUAGAUGACAAUUACAAUCAAGGACGUUAACGACUGUUCGCCUCACUGGAUUACACCGAACACGACCGCAAUAAUGGAAAACGUAGAUAUCGGAACGAUAGUCACGGUUUUAAAAGCUGUUGACAACGACGAGGAUAAAAACGGAUUUGUCGAGUACUGGAUAAACUCCGGGGACGAAAAAGCGUUUACAAUUGGAUCUAUCGACGGGCUUUUGAGAGUAGCGAGUCCUUUAGACCGUGAAACGAAAUCUGCGUACCAGCUAGAAAUAGGCGCUAAAGACCGCGGUGACCCUUCUCUAAGUUCGAUUAUGAAAUUAACGGUUAAUAUUCUGGAUGAAAACGAUAACAGUCCGAUAUUCGAUCCGAGGCAUUACACUGCGUCCGUUCCCGAAAAUGUAACUAUCGGAUACACGGUCAUUCAAUUGUUCGCGACUGACAAAGACAUUGGUCCUAACGCCGGAAUAAGAUACACGAUCACGAACGGAGAUGAGAACUUGGAUUUCAGUAUUGCUGACGACACCGGUUUAAUACGGGUAUCGAAAUAUCUUAAUUACGAACGUAAAUCUCGCUACGUGUUAACUAUUAAAGCCGAAGAUAGCAUUGACAACCGUAUCAAUUCCGACGAAGUUACGGUUAUAAUUACCGUUCUGGACAUAAAUGAUAACUAUCCAGUUUUUUCCGAUUCGCCGUAUAUUAUCCAUGUUCUCGAAGAAUAUAUUCCUGAAACUAAAGAAUUUCCUGUGGCAAUAGUAAAAGCAACAGAUGCUGAUUCUGGUUAUAACGGCAGAGUGAGAUAUUAUUUAAAGGAUACCGAAUAUUUUUCCGUAGACAGCGUUACUGGAAAAAUUUAUCUCGUAAGAAGUUUAGAUAGAGAAGUUCAAUCUGAACAUUUAAUCACUGCAGUAGCUAUGGACUCUGGUAAAUAAAACACAACAAUAUUCUACGAAAUAUUUAAAAUUAUUGUUUUACUUUAUCGUUUUGUUUUUUCAGGUAUGCCUUCAUUGAGUGGCACUGGAUUUAUUCGUGUAAUUGUUCAAGACGUUAAUGACCAUAGUCCACAAUUUCAACAACAAAAUUAUGUAGUACACAUUGACGAGAACAGUCCGAUUGGACAUUCAAUUACUCAAAUGACAGCUACAGAUUCCGAUAUCGGGUUGAACGCUAAAAUUAAGUAUGUUUUCUAAAAAAUAUUUACAAAUAUAAAUACAUAUCAUAAAUCUGUUUUUUAUAAUUUUUUUUUUUUAAUACUUAUUCAUUGCUUUAUAGGUACAGCCUCUUAGGAAAUAAACAAGAUACAUUUCAAAUGGAUGACGAUACAGGUAUAUUAAGGACAAUGUCUAAACUGGAUCGAGAAGAGAAUGAAAUAUAUUACCUAACAGUAGUAGCUCAAGAUUCAAGUGUAACAGAACCUAAAGCAUCAAUAACUAAUUUGACUGUAUUUAUUAACGAUAUUAACGACAAUUAUCCAAUAUUUUCAACUUCGCAAAGUAUUAUUUAUAUUUCUGAUAAAACUCAAUCGGGGCAAUUUAUAUUCGGAGUUACUGCUACAGAUUUAGAUUCUGGAAAUAAUGGGAAAAUUAUUUAUCAUUUAAUAGCAGGAGAUAUAGAUAUGUUUCACAUAGAUGAGGAUACUGGUGUAAUUGAAUCAACUCAAAAGCUUAAUAAACAAGACAAGAUGGAGUAUAAGAUUAAAAUCGAAGCUAGUGACAAAGGACAACCGCCAAAAAGUGCAGAAUAUGAGUUGACCGUGAUCCUUUGGCCAGAUCGAGACUUCCCUGUAGUAAGACAUGUUGGGACACAGCAGUUAUCAAUUGUGGAAAAUUCAAGCCCUGGCAGUGGAGUAUCUCGAAUUCUGGCAACAACGCCAAAAAUUGGGUCAAAAGGGAUUCUACGUUUUUCUAUUGCAGGAGGUGAUUUUGAUAACACGUUUGAGGUAGAUUCGGUUAGCGGUGAAGUAGUAAUAGGUAAAAAUGGAAUUGAUCAUGAAAAAUCGAAUCAAUAUAAAAUUUGGAUUGAAGCUUCAGAUUCAGAUGAACCGAAGCUAAGAAGUGCUGUUUUAUUAACUGUUAAUGUUACUGAUGAGAAUGACAAUCCACCUGUUUUUGAAUAUCCAUUUUAUACUGUAUCUAUUCAAGAAGAAACUCUUCCACCUACUUCAGUUACAACUGUUUUGGCAAUCGAUAAAGACGCUGGAAAAAAUAGUAUUAUAACAUAUCGAAUAGUUGAUGAUAUUAAUGGCAUUUUUAGUAUUGAUGAUAUUUCCGGAGAAAUAGUAACUAACACAAAAUUAGAUAGAGAAACUGAUGAUCAUUAUACGCUGGUGGUGGAAGCUGUUGAUCAAGGUUAUCCAUCGCUCACUGGAUCCACAAUGGUACACAUAACUGUUCUUGAUAUUAACGAUAAUCCCCCAAGAUUUACUCGUUUAUUCAGUGUCAACGUAACUGAAAAUACAGAAGUUGGUUCAUUUGUUAUUGGUAUUACAAGUUCAGAUUUGGAUGUGGGCGUAAACGCUAAAGCAACCUAUAGAUUUACAGAAAAUCCAGGAAAUAUGUUUAAAAUUGAUUCUGAUACAGGAAAAGUAUAUGUUGCAUCUCCCAUAGAUCGUGAAGUUCAAGACGAAUAUUUACUUAAUGUUGUUGCUGCUGAUGGUUCAUGGCAAGCUGAAACGCCGCUAACUAUUACAAUUCAAGAUGUCAAUGAUAAUGCACCCGAAUUUGAAAAAUCAAACUAUAAAUUUAAUUUUCCCGAAACUCAAAAGAUCGGAGCUACUGUUGGCCGUGUAAUUGCUACCGAUAGAGAUAAACAAGGUUCAAAUUCUGUUGUUUCUUAUAAUUUAAAACAACCUUCCGAUGUAUUUUUUAUAGAUCCAAUAUAUGGAGAUAUAUUUACUAAACGUGCAUUAAAAUAUAAACAUUCAACAAAAGAUACAUCACCAGAAAACGAAUAUACUUUUACAGUUUUAGCUACUGAUAAUGGGAAACCUCCAUUGUCAACCGAAUGCUUAAUCAUUAUUAAUGUUAUUGAUUCAAAUAACAACCCACCGCAGUUCCAAGAAAAGAAAUAUUUCUCACCUAUACCGAUAAAUUUAAAAAUAUGGUCACCUUUAAUUACAGUCGUAGCUACUGAUCAUGAUUCAGGUGUCAAUUCUGAAAUUGAAUAUUUUAUAUACGGAGGAAAUUCUACAGACUUGGUUCAAGUCGAUAAAUUGUCUGGUUUAGUAUCUCUAAAGAAAAAAUUGACUGAUUUAGAUUUAGGUAAAAAUUAUGAUUUAGUAAUUAGAGCAACAGAUCAUGGAGUACCUCCAAAACAAGACACAUGUGAUGUGGCCUUUACUAUGACUAGUGAAAACAAUUUUAGUCCAGAAUUUUCAUCUCUAAGUUACCAAGUAUUUGUUCCUGAAAAUGAACCUAUCGGAACUACAAUAUUAAUAGUUAAAGCUAUGGACCAAGAUGAAGGGCCAAAUGGUUUGGUUCGAUACUUAUUUGAAAAUGCAUCUGAUAAAUUUAAAUUAAAUAUGGAAACUGGUGCUAUAACUAUAGCUCAAAUUUUAGACUUCGAACGUAUUAAAGAAUAUAAACUUAAUAUGAUUGCAAUGGACACAGGAUUUGAGCCAAAACAGUCUAAAGCUACUUUAUCUAUUAUGCUUACAGAUAUCAAUGAUAAUCCACCAACCUUCAAUCAAACUUUAUUUAAUGUUUUUAUUCUUGAAAACUCUCCACCUGGCACUUUUGUUUCACAGAUAGUAGCUAAGGAUUUAGAUUCUCCUAAAAAUGCAAUAAUCAAUUAUUCCAUCAUUAAUGGUACAGGAGAAAAUUUAUUUUAUUGUAAUACUACAACUGGGGCCAUUUAUUCAAAACAAGUAUUUGACUAUGAAAAAGAAAAAUCUCACAGCCUAGAAAUCUUGGCUAUCAAUCCGAAUUCAACACUGUCGGGGUCUACAAAAGUUAUAAUACAUAUUCAAGGAGUAAAUGAAUAUUAUCCAUCAUUUAGUCAGUCAGUUUUCUACUACGAUGUACCAGAAUCUGCUAAAAUUGGUUCUAAUGUUGGUGCGGUAAAAGCAUCAGAUUUAGAUUCUGGAGAUGAUGGUAAAGUUUACUACUUUUUGGUUGGAUCCAGCAACGACAAAGGUUUUGUUAUCGACCAUAAUACUGGAGUAUUAAGUGUUUCAAGGCAUCUGGAUAGAGAAACUCAAAAUCGAAUUAUACUUACUGUUUUGGCGAAAAAUGCUGGUAGUAUUAGAGGAAAUGACACAGACGAAGCUCAAGUAAUAAUAUCAAUUCAAGAUGGCAAUGACCCUCCAGAGUUUGAUCAAGAGUAUUACGAGUGCUUGGUUUCUGAAGGUACUAGACCAGGAGCAAAAAUAUUGACCGUUCACGCUGUUGACAAAGACGCAUGGCCACAGAAUAAUCAAUUUUCUUAUUCUGUAUUAAAUAAUUUAACAAAAUUAUUUCGAAUUGAUUCACAAAAUGGAACUAUUGAAACUGUUGGAUAUUUUGAUAGGGAAACUAUUAAUUACUAUGAAAUCAUAGUGGGAGCCGUAGAUACCGGAUCGCCACCUCAGACGGGAAGUGCAACAGUCAAAGUUAUAAUUACUGACGUAAACGAUAAUGGGCCAGUAUUAGCCAGCGACAACAAUGUAGGGUACGUCUCUGAAAAUGAACCAAUCAAUACAAGCAUCAUGGUACUAACAGCAACCGAUGCAGAUCAACCUCCAAAUGGAGCGCCAUUUACGUACAAAAUUGUUGGUGGACCUCAUAGAGAAUUUGUAACAUUGGACGAAUCAAGUGGGCUUCUUAGAACUGCUAGAUCAAUUGAUCGUGAACAAACACCAAAUCUCAGUAUCGUUGUAUGUAUUAUAAUAAUAUUUACAUUUUUAAAUUACAAAUUAAAAAAUGAUAUGGAAUUGUUUAAGUAUUAUAUUUAUAUAAUAAUAAAUUGUAAUGUUUUGUUUUUUAGAUCUCAAUUACUGAUAAUGGUUCUCCUCAAAUUACAACUGAAAAUCUAUUAAACGUGGUUAUUUUAGAUCAAAAUGACUGUCCAUCUAGUCCAAGAUCAGUAAACAUUCUAGUUUAUUCUUUGAAAAAUGAAUAUCCUGUUGGGAAAAUUGCAGACGUGAGACCUAUUGACCCUGAUACAACGGGAGACUACAAAUGUUAUCUUGAACAUAUGAACAACGAUUUUGCAAUUCCCGAAUUCUGCGAUUUACAUAUCAAUAGUAUUUCUAAACCAAUUACUACUCUUCGUGUAUCAGGAAAUGAUGGUAAACAUGAUUCGGUCACCAAUAUUGUAAAAAUAGAAUAUCAAACAAUUGACAAUAAUAUUAUAGAAAAUACUGUUUUUACGAGAAUUGAAAAUAUCACUUCAUCAGAGUUUAUUGAAUACCAUUAUUCAAAAUUUAUAAACAUAUUAAACGCAACAUUUGAAGAAAAUAAUCCAUUGCUAUACAGCAUUAAUGAAGUUGAUGGUGGUAUUGAGGUAGCAGUAGCUGUGAGAGGUUUGACUAAAGAACACGUGAAGGAUGCAUUAAGAAGUAAAUCCAAUAGUAUUGCACAGUCAACUAGAUUACUGAUCUACUUUGACUAUUCCCCUUGUCAACGAAGUACUUGUGAAAAUGAUGGAAAGUGUUCUACUUCUCUAGCUAUAGCGAAAGAACCACGUGUAACAAAUACGGAAGAUUUCAUUUUUACUUCUCCUACUAUUUUACAAGAAUUUGUUUGUACUUGUGCCGAAGGAUAUGCUGGCAAAAAAUGCGAUAAACGUCAAGAUCCAUGUGCACCAAAUCCUUGUCAGUAUGGAGGUACUUGUAGACGACAAGGCAUCAGUUAUCAAUGCUUCUGCCCUUCAGAUAGAGAAGGCUUAGAAUGUGAAAAACCUCGUUUCGAUAAAUGCAACAACAAUCCUUGUAUGAACGGGGGUAGUUGCAAACAGACUCAAGACAAUAUUGGAUACUUCUGUUUGUGCCGACCGGGAUACCGGGGAAACGUAUGCGAAUUAUCAGCAGAUUCGUGUAGACCUAAUCCAUGCUUAAAUGGUGGUUCUUGUGUUUCUCUAAAACCUGGUUAUAAAUGUAACUGUCCUAAUGGUUUGCACGGAAGGCAUUGUGAGAAAUCAUCAUUUGGAUUCAACGAGUAUUCAUUCAUGUCAUUCCCUCCAUUGGAUAGUAUAACUAAUGAUAUUACAUUGGUUUUUUCUACAUCUAAACCGGACUCUCUACUAUUGUACAAUUAUGGAAACCAAGUUGGAGGAAGAUCCGAUUUCAUUGCGAUUGAAUUGAUUGAAGGGAAAUGUGUUUUUUCCUAUGGUGGUGCCAGAAGUCCAAUAACUUCAAUCAGUGUCAGUAAAAGUGAUGGAUCUUCAUUAGCCGAUGGUCAGUGGUAUAAGAUAACUGCUGUAAGGAAUGGUAAAGUACUAUCCUUAAGUGUAGCUUCUUGCAUUGAUAAUGGAGACAAUUGCCAAGAAUGCAGACCAUCAGACAAGUCAUGCUAUAGUGAUAAUACUGGGACUGUUGGGUAUGUAUAGAUUAUAAUUAAAUUUAAAACUUCUUUAAAAAAUAUAUAUAUAUAUAUGUGUGUAAUAAUUAUUAAUGUAAAUAACAAUAUAUUAUUGUUGCAGAACGUUGAAUUUCAAUGGAAAUAAUUUGUUAAUUGGUGGAGUGACUUCUGCAGACCCUCUUCUAGACAGAACUGGUCAAUUACAUACGGAUGAUUUUGUUGGUUGCGUUCAUAGUAUCACUAUCAAUGGGUAUGGUUUAAACCUCAGUAGUCCAAUAUCAUCCAAAGCCGUGGACCCGUUUUGCAAUCGUCAAGGUCAGUGUACUCAGUCAUCAACACUAUGUGGCGAAAGAUCUACCUGUUUGGAACGGUGGACUGGUGUAAUGUGUAAAUGUGAAGAAAACGAUGUAAUAUCACCAAAUUGUUUCCAAGCAUUUAAACCAGUCUCAUUGACCGAAGGUGCAUUUCUCGAAUACAAAAUCACAGAGAAGCAUAGACGAAUGCAUUUAUUGGAAUCUAUUUAUAAUGGAACAACAAUUUGGCGACAACAGUCUAGAAUUAAAAGAAGUUCACUUAUUAUAACUCCUGCAAAAGAACUAAGUCUAAUGUUUAGAACAAUGAAAUCAAACGCUACAAUACUUCUGACAGCAUCGAAUUCUGAUUUUACACUAGUAAAAGUAUGUAUUUAAUUUAGUAGUUUAUUUGGUCUAUAAAAUUAGCGAAUAAUAAUAGGAAAUUAUGAACUAUUUGUUAAUUAGGUAUAGGUUUUUAAUUUAUUUAUCAAAUACGAUUGUUAUUUUUGACAAAGGUUAUACUCAUAUUUAUUGUUUUAAAUCAUAAAUAAUUUUUAAUGAACGGGCAUCAAAAUUUAUUUCUUUAAAACAAUUAUAAUUAAUGGAAUUCAAUUUUCUUAUAUAAUUAAAUAUAAUAAAAAAUAUUAGUUAAGAAAAUGAUUGUAUUUUUUUUCUUUAAAAAAAAAAACAAUACUUACAACUCAAAACAGAUAUACUAUAAAAUUAAAAAAUUGUAAAUACAGCUUACAUUUUGUGUAUAAUUGUAUAAUAUGUACUCAAGUACUCUACAAUAUACUAUUGGUUUUGUUUUUAAAAACCAUUAUACUAGUCCUAGUAUUAAUAUUAUUAUGCAAUAUUAUCUUUUUCAUUUCAGCUUAUAAAUGGUAAACUACUCUAUUCGUCGUUUUUAAGUUCUUCGACAUCCACUGUAAACAUGUCGAUUGAUAAAAAUGUAGACGACGGAAACUGGCAUAAUUUAACUAUGGUAAUCGGCACGAAAAGUUUGAAAUUAUUUUUGGAUAGACAAAAAGUCGGCGAAGAACUGGAUUCGGCUAGUGUGCACGAUUUUCUGGAUCCAUAUCUAACUAAAAUGUACCUAGGCGGUGUCGAUCGUGAAUAUUUUUCUGGAAAAAUCGAUACUCUGAGUGAGUUUAUUUUUGUUUUGAUUUCCUGUGUAGAUACGUUUUACAAGUAAAAUGUAUAUUUAAUAAAACUUAUUGAUUUUUGUUGCAGGUUUUUCAGGAUGCCUAGCCAACUUAACAAUUAAUAAAGAACUACAACCGUUUAACGGCACUGGGAGUAUAUUUCCAGAAGUUUUCCAUUCCGGACACGUAUCGUUCGACUGCGAUCUGUCCGGGCUAUCCGCCAUUGGAGUGGCCGGUCCCGAUCCGCUUAGCUUCGGAAUCACAUUGGUUAUCGGAUUUUUCAUUUUACUGUUGAUGGCGAUAACAGUUAGUUUUUUCGUGUUCAAAUUACGAAAACAAUUUAAAAGCGAUAAAGAUUCGGAUAGCGGUAAAGACCAUUUCCAGAGCGGUCUCCACUCGGAAUCGCCGGCUUUAAAUACGAUACCGGUGUCGUCGUUCAUGUCCGAAACCGGAGACGUUAUCAGACAUCAUAUGGUUCCGCCGGAAUUACUGUCGAAGCGUUACAAAGACCAAGAAAUGGGCAUGAGCGAAACGCACCGGCCGCACAGGCCGGACAUAAUCGAAAGGGAGGUCGUGGGAAAAUCUCCGCCCCCGCAAAGAGACGAGCUCAAUCCGCACAUGAAAAAUAUGCAUCAGCACGACAGUGUGACAGGAGAUCACGAUAUGCCCGAACACUAUGACCUAGAAAACGCCAGCUCCAUAGCCCCGUCGGACAUAGACAUCGUCUAUCACUAUAAAAGUAAGCGUUUGAAAGCGGGUCACACUGAAUUAUUGUGUUUUAACCCAAACCCUGUGCGAACUUUAAGAAAUGAUAAUUCGUUAUUAAAACUCCGCGAUAGUUGGAAAUGUUUCAUUAUUAUUAAUGUUCGUCCCGUACGUGUAUUACGUAAACCGCGCGUUUUAUCUAUGCUAAUGUAAUUCAAUAAUCGAUUUAAAUAUAUUGCCUAGUUAAUAUGCUUUUCGAGUAGCGUUUCAUUGCCCAUGUGCUCGCGCUCGUUAAGUGUUUUGCAUUAACCGCGGGUUGUGCUGUUUGAAUGCAUUAUUUAUUAUUUUAUUAAUGCAAUUCGUUUUAUAUUUUAUUUUUAUUUUUUAAUCUGGAAAUUGUAAUUUAUUUAUUCCAUAAUGAUCCGUACGGUUUUUAAUGCGCGAAGGUGGUCGUUAAUACUUCGUAAAUAUUUCGUUUCAAUAUUUUGUCGUCAUAAUAAUUUACAGGGUUAUUUAUCGCCGUGUAAAAAAUAAAUAAUGAUUUGACACCAGAAAAAAAUAAAAAUAAAAAUGUGUAUUGUUCAGGUUACCGGGAUGGAAAUAAUCUGCGGAAGAUGAAAUCCCAUCUCAGUCCCGGGUUGCCGUCCAACAUGUAUCACAAACAAAUGCGACACGCGACUGGUUUUCAAUCUCCACAUUCCAGAGAUAGCCGGUCAGCGGCACCGCCACCCCCGCCACCUUUGGAAUCUGCCAAUCACAUGCAACACCAAAGCACGCCGCUCGCGCGGCUCAGUCCCAGCAGCGAACUCAGUCAACAGUUGCCCAGAAUACUCACGUUAAGAGUAAGUACGCCGCGCGCGUUUUAAUUAGAUUCGUACGGUGCAAUGCGCUAUGGGUGUACCCGAUACCCGCCGUACUUUCCGCCGUGUCCCGACGUCGGCGCAUAAACGAAAUAAUAAACGGCUGAUCGACGAGCGCGGCGCAUUGAAACAUGAGCGUUUACGUGCUGAGAUUUGACCAUUAUUUUAAACAACUGAUACUCAAAUGAGAUUUUUCACAACGAAAUAAGUGGAAAUAUAACAGUUUUCAAGUUACUUUGCAUCGCAUUUUCAGGUGCAUUUUUAUUUGCUCAGAUCCAAUGGUACUUGAUAAGGUUAGGUUGACCAGAUAAUAUAUCGUCUUAUGGACUUAUCUAAUACGUCGUAUUUAAACGGGUGAAUUCGGUGAAUUCGAGUGAUCGCGUCGGUCAUAAUCGGCGGCGUAAUCGAAUAAAAAUCUAGGAGGGGGGAGCGAAAAACCGUGUCCGCUGUAAUUAAAACUCUGACCCCCCCCCACACCCGGUUCAAAUAUAUUUUUAUUGUUCGUUUUUACACGGGUCUUAAAACCGUUUUAUGAUUUAGAAACAAACUGUAGGCGGCGGGUACUAUAGUUAUACGUACGUACUCAUCUUGUUAAAUAAUAUUACGUGCCGAGUUUAGGAGCUUUAAGUAGUCCAAAAAACGUUUAAAUAUUUUAUAUUUGUUGAAUAAAUUGCAUUUUUCCUUUGACUUUGGAGAAGAUUCACAGAUUCGUAUUUUUAGAUUUUCUGGGAGGGAAGGGGGGCACAAAUGAUACAAAAUGAAGUAGGCCUUUCCUCCCAUUGCGCUCCCGCCCACAUUCACGCCACCGGUUACAAUUACAUUUUAAUACAUUCUCGUCAAAUAUCGCAUAGCCGACUACAGCAAUGAUUCGCGCGCGCGCGUGUGUAUAUGUAUAUAGAUAUUGCGAUUUCCCGUAACGCGAAGUAUAUACCUCGACAACGAAUCACAGUCGUAUUUUAACGUUGUUCGAAGAAUCGUUUAAUUCUGAAAUCUUACGGAUAAAAAAAAAAAAAAAAAACGAUGAAAAUAAAUAACAGCGUACUGUACAGAUUUGUUUCGACGAUUGCCGCACGCGCGUUAAUGUACCCAUACUCAAUUCCGAUUUGAGUUUAAUCGGUUUUAUUACCGGGACGUUUAAAAUACCUGCCUACUUACCUGUAAUAUUAUAACAUACCUAUUGCACUAUAAAUAAUACGAAUAAACGUAUAUACGGUUGUUUUUUUUUUUUUUCGCGUUCGCGGUAAUUUUUUUAUUGUUAUUUUCUGUCGUUUAACGAACCGCAAAUUUAUUCGACGAUAUUCAACGUGUAUAAUGUGUUUCGUCGACGAUACCGUCAAUAAAUAAUACCUACAAUAAUAUUACAAUAUUAAAUUCCAUCCCGAUGCCUUGCACGGGCGGAUUGCACGUUACAAUAUAAUGUCGCAACGGAACGCGAAAACCGGGCGAAACCAGAAUGUUCAACGGGCCCGGUCCGUUUGUGUUGCCGGGCAGCAGUAACGGACCGAUUAGGGGUGUCCGACUGCAAACACGGGUCGGCGCCCGGAAAACCCGCCGUGAAAACCCACUAAAACGCGCCAAAGGUCGGCAGCGGGAAACAACGUUGACACUCGCGGGUCGGGGGCGUAGACAUUAACCGCCCUGCAAUAAUAAAUAUCGGUUCAGUAUCGUUCGGGGACGGCGUUUUAGAGGCGGAGGGACGGAGCGUGCGCCGGCGCCCCCCUCCCUCUCCCCCCGCGAUUCGUAUCCGUAAUCGAUCGGUCAAUUUUUUAUUUAUUUUUUUUAUUAUUAUUAUUAUUAUUGGUGAUUUUACGUGCGACAAUAAUAAUAAUAUUGGUCCGGCGGCAAUCCCGUUCGAUGUAAACCGCGCGAUCGAGAACGAAUGGCAUUACGAUGCGCGAAUCGCGAUUCGGCAAACGCGUGAUAGAAUUAUAGAGGACGUUACACGCCCGUCUCUGUGCAGUGUCGGUCCGACUGCCGGGUAACGUGCAUAGGGUUGCGCAGAACAAGUGAAACUAAAUUAGUUUUGAUUUUAGAGGUAAAAGUACAUGUUAUGAAAAUUAUAACGAACAUAAUUUCGGCGGGGAUUUCGCAUGGGGUUUUUGUAGUAUUCAGAAUAUACAGCUCGGUAUAAUGGAUACAAAAAUCGUUUUUGGAUUUUUUUUUUUUUUUAUUUUUUUUUUUAUAGUUCAUAAUUAAAAAAAAAAAAAACACCCAUGACAUUCCCUCCGAAAUAUUGUUCUCCAUAAAUUUCAUAAUAGGUAUUUUUACUCUAAAAUCAAAACGUACGCUGGUUUUGUUACUUCUGCGUAAGCAUUGUUUUUGCAUGUUACCCCCCGGAUAGUCGGACGAGACAGUAGAUGCGGGUAUGACGUCUUCUUAAAGAAAAAAAGUCACGGUAAUUAUACGGUCCGGACUUCCGGAGUUUUGAACCGUCCGGUUGAAUUAUCUCGUCUCGUUUAUUCCGGAAUCUCGAAUUUAUUAAAAUCCCGUGUAUACCUACGUGCGCGUAUCAUACGCAUUUGUAGGCGUCAACAACUCGGAACAAUAAUUAUUAUUAGUCGGUCCGCACGGAUAUUUUUUUUUUUUUUUUUCUACGGCGGACGGACGACGAUUUCGUUAUACCUCGCGCACGAACGGACGGGGCCUGCCGGCCGGCGGGAUCGGCGCGAGAUCUCCGGACGAAAUUUACGACCGGCCAUACGCUAUAAAAAAAAAAAAAAAAAAAAAAAAAAAAAAACCGUUUAAAACAAAACGUCGUCGACCGCGCGCGUACGCCUACUCGGCGUGUACGGGGUUUCUUCUGCGCGCAUAAAACGACGCGACGGCCUCGUUAGAUUGCGCGCGCCGCGGUCCGUAUAAACUGCAGUUUGUUCAGGAUAUUAUGAUAAUAUAUGUAUUCCCAUAUAAUAUACCCAUAAUAUACCGGGUGCUCGCGGGGCCCAAUCGUUAUAGAUCGCACUACAAGUUAAGUGGUUUUUUUUUUUUUUUCUUACGAUAUACCUAUCCGCGAGGAGCGUAUAGUGCGUAUAAUACGUUAUAAUAUAGCCGUAACCAUUCGCGAGAUUUAUUUUUACGAAAUGUUUUUCCGUUCGGUUUUCACCGGGAAACGUAUGGUGUAUGCAUAAAAAAAAAAAAAAAAAAAAUAAAUAAAUAAAAUAAUAAUAAUAAUAAUAACAAUAACAAUAACUAUAAGGACACGGGCAUAUACUCCGUAACGAUGGGCGGGGGGCCGCUGUUGCGGACGAGAAGUCGGCAAGGCAUGCCUAUUAUGUAGGAUACAGAGGGGAAUUUAAUGUGCGUAUCGGCUGUGCGCGGUGAUUAAUGUUCGCCGACGAUAUACGAUACGUAUCGCGGAUUUUCCCGGGUUUUCUCGCGUUUUUCGUUCCCGUUUAUUGGGAAAACAGUUGGGAAAAUCAAAAAAAAUAAAAAAAAAAAAAACGACCCGUUUAAUGGUAUCGCCCCGGUCAGAUUUCCUUUCGGCGAAAUUGCCGCCGGACUACGUCGCGACAGGUUCGGCUCGCCGCCGUCGCGUAGUAAUUAAGACGCGGAUUAAAAAAAAAAUAAUACAAUUCAAUGCGCUAUGUAUGUAUAAAAAAAUGUUAAAACGAAUAAAAUAAACAUGAAAAUUAGUUUUGAAAGCGCCGAACGAAAAACUUUCUUUUUUCCUAUUAGGUUUAUAAAUUCACUAAACGCAACUGUGCGAUUAGUACAAUACGGCUGCAUUACAACUGUCGAUAAAUAGCUUAUCGUUUUAUUUAUCGCGGCCGGCAUCGCGUAUGUUUUUUAUCCGGUACAAUCGUUAAAAUCGGUACGUUUUAAAAAUAUGAAAUAUGAAUUUUAUGUUCUUUUAGGGGGAAAUCGAAAUAAAUGUUAUCGAAUUCUCCGAUAACUCUGCGAAAAAAAAAAACCUUAAAAGAAAAAUGCGCUUUUAAAAUUUCUAAAAACGCAAAAGUUUCAAUAACAAUUUAACUAUAAUGAACCAAUAAUAUUCUCAAAAUAAUUCACAAUAAUAAUAAUAAUGUACGGUUGCGUUAUAUUAUUUCGAAUCGGCGCGUUCGUAUUGGUCGUGCGUAAUACAACGGCGUCACGUAUUUACAAUACGCUCGUUUUUUCAACGGUAACAUAAUAUACUGUGGGUAGGUAGUGUUUUUUUUUUUUGUUUUUUUCGCUCGCUCUCUUUUUUCGAUUAUUAUCGUCUCGGCGUAAAUAUUCUUUAUUCGAUUUGCAUCAUUCCGGACAGAAAUCAUACCGAUAAAUAUAACGCACGCGGCUACUUAAAUAUUUCCCGAUGAUUAAUGUUCGGAUUAGAAAAAAAAAAAAAAUGUAUACGUCCCACCGUGCGUAAUAUUAUUAUGAUUGUAUCGAUUCGUAUCCGCGGAAACCGGUUAGGUUGCCUAUGCGUGCGUUCAAACGCCCCAUUGUUACGCACAUCCGACCGUCGUGAUACGCGUACAACGAUCGCGACCGUACGUUAAAGUUUCAAUAACGGCCGCGCAUUAGGUGCGCCGAUUCUCGAAACUUCCGCGAUUCUGGCGAUUCUCCGCGUGCCCGGCGCCUGUGCAUUGUAACCGACAGUGUUGUUGUAACGUCCGGCCGGACGUUUUUUGUGCAAUAUUAUUAGUCGCUGUGCAGCGGAACGCCAAUGGCGAGCGAACCCGCGUGGAAUUCGACGGGUCGAAACAUCCGCGGUUUGGCCGGGAUAAGGCCCGUUGUCGAAAGAACGGAAACGAUAAAAAAAUAAUAAUAAUAAUAAAUCAAUCGAAUGCCCGCGCGAUCGGAAGUCUCGAUCGAGACGAACGCGUUUUUCGAAAAUCCCGAGAGUCCGACGCAAAGUCAAUUGCGAUUGCAUAAUAACGCCCGUCAGUUGGAAUCAUACAACUGCAUUGUGGAAUGGCGUGUGAAAAGAUUAACAUUUUUUUUUCUUAUUUUUUUUCUGUCAACUGGAGGUAUUUCGAAAAAUCCUCCCCUUUUCGCCCCCUACUCUCCGUCGGUUUCACCCGUACACGUACCGCGGGCGUGCGAACGCCGACACGUUUCGGCGCGUUUUACCCCGGGGUGCGACAGGGAUUCGAGGGAUUCAGACCACGCAUUGGCGGCCUUGUUUUUGUUUUUGGCGAGAUAUUUUGCUAAUUGCGCCGCCGUUGAUAAAACGCAAACGGCAAUUUCCCAUCGGGAUCCCGGGGCCGACGUGUUUUUUUAUUUUUUUUUAUUUUUCAAUUUUAUACGAAUAACGCGUAUUCGGCAAUAGAUAGCGUGAAUAACGUGCCAAUAGAUAGCGGCGAAUUGAUAGGGCGACAGUAGAUACAGUGGACAAUUAUAGGUCGCUUGACAGUUGAUAGUGUACGAAAAUCGAUAGCGUACGACGACGUUUUCAACGUUAUCGCUAAUAAUACUUCUUUCGGUUUCGUAAGGUUUGGUUAGGUUACAGUACUUAAAGAAUAUCGCAGUUUUCGUUUCGCGGUACGGUACGAUCGAUAGCGAUUGGAGUGACCUCCCUAACGUACCUCCCUGCACUGGUUUUCUUCCUGUCGUAUCCAACAAAUAAUACAUACGCGGCGCGCACAUUUAUAUCCGACGAAUCGUUCCUAAGCAACGGCCGUUUUGAAUUCUACCGAUCCGCGUGCACGGUCGAUUUACUAUCACGCAUAAAAUACGGGCGGUUUCGAGCGACCGCUCGCGUGGUAUCGUACGUCGCGGCAAAUGUGUUCUGGCCGUUGUUAUGCUGUGCGAGUAUAAUAUACUGACGGACGUUAAACAAAAAAAAAAAAAAAUUUACAGAAACACGAAACGAUAAUCAAGGGCGUGGAUGCAGGAGAAGGGGUCCUGGGGACCGCACCCCCCCCCCCGCAUUUUUAUUACGGGCACGCACAAGCGGGUGUGUAGUUGGAGGUGUCUGUACUGUGCGUAAAGUAUAAAUACACUGAACAAAUAUAAACUAUGCUUUUUAUCAUACGGUUUUCUGAAAAAUAUGACUCGGUGUCCCCCCCCGCCUCUCUAACCCCCAAACAAAUCUACAGAGCCGUCCUUGACGGUAUAACAAUGUGCACACGUCCGCAGUGCGGAAUGCGGCGGUCACAGUACGCGCGUGCUACAGUCGUCUCGACCAGUGGCGCACCAGGUCCUUCUUACGGGUGGGGUGGAAGAGAGGCGGUCAUAUAUUUUCUAUGUACGUUUGAGUUCUUUAUACUCGCAGCCGACGAUUUUAUACCGACCGUAAUCCUUUUGACUCUGUACAAACACUGUUGCUCGUGCUUCUAAUAAUACGAAUUUGUUUUGCGUGUGUGUGUGUUUAGGACAUUAGCGGUAAACCGCUCCAGACGGCCUUGUUGGCUACCUCGUCGUCGGGCGUGGUGAGCAAAGACUGCCCGAUGCACAGCAACAGCGAGAGGAGUCUGAACAGCCCGGUGAUGAGCGGUCACAGUCUGUCGGGCAGCGGCCUGUCCGGCGGAGACGGCGGCGGCAGCGGCGGCGGCGGAGUUGGUAGCAGCGGCGGCGGUGGUAGCGGCGUGGGCAGCGGCGGCCGGACGCAGUUGCAACAGCAGCAGCAGCAGCACGGCCGGCCGCCUAGUCUGGUCAGCACGGUGGACGCCGUGUCCGGCGUUAGCGGCGGCGGCGGACGGUCCGCCAACAUGGUCGACGACCACGGGCACCACCGCAGGCACCACCAGCAGCAGCAGCACCACCGGCAGGACGACGACGACGACGACACGGGUACCACGACGUCGUCGGACGAGAGCGGAAACGAUUCGUUCACGUGCUCGGAGAUAGAGUACGACAACAACAGCGUGUCCGGCGAAAAGCUCAGCGACGUGAUAUUCAACAAGAUCGGGAGCAGCGGCGGCAAGAGCGCGUCCAGAUCGUCUAACAGGGACUCGCAGCGGCGGCGGCGGUUGCCGCUACCGUCGCCGCUCCCGCCGCCGUCGUCCGACGUCGUCUUGUCGGCGCAACAGCAGCAGCAGCAGCAGCAACAGCACCAGCUCCAGCUCCAGCAACAGCAGCUCCAGCAACAGCAGCAGCAGCAGCAGCAGCAGCAGCAGCAGCAGCAGCAGCAACAGCAGCAGCAGCAGCAACAGCAACAGCAACAACAGCAGCUGCAGGACCAGGACCAACAGGUGGCCGCGGGUUACGACACGUUCGACUCGUCGUUCCGGGGUUCGCUGAGCACGUUGGUGGCGUCCGACGACGACGGGCCCAUGUACCGGAACGUGCGGACGCCCAACGCGGCGUCCGAGUCGUCGAGCAUACCGGUGGGCCUGGGUUGGGACUAUCUGCUCAACUGGGCGCCGCCGUCCAACAACGGCAUGCGGCCGAUCAUGCAGCCGCCGUCGACGUCGCCGUACGACCACGACCACGACCGCCGGCACGUCCUGCACCAUCACCACGGCGGCGGCGGCGGCGGCGGCGGCCAAUCGGUCCCGGACUCUGUCGCGGCGCAGGCGACGAGAACGGGCGACGGGUCGUCGUCGCGACAGUCGCCGAAAUUCCCGGAAGAAUACGUGUGA